GGAGGGUUUGUGGGGUCCGGGAGGAGGGUUAGGGUCUUUUAAGGGUGUGUUUCACCGCCCUCUCUGGGACUGAGCUUAGUUGUAAAUAAACCACUCAGUAAGAAGGGUCGUCCCAGUUAGGGCUUUCUGAAAGAGAGGAGGGGGCUGGGAAAGAAGCCUCAAGUUCAGGGGGUCUUUAUAGUAAAGGGGGUUCAGUAGGGGUGAUGCCAGCUGGCGACUGGCGUUGGGAAUCUCAAACAGGAAAUGGUCGAGAAGUCUUAGGGACUAGAAUCUUGUCCUGUUUUUAAAAGGUGGGGUGUAUUUGGGCCUCGAGUUAGCACUCUAGAAAAAAAGGGGGAAUCAGUGGGGUUGUUGGUAGGGAAAACUUAGGGGUUAGAAUCUAUUUAAAAAGAAAAGAGGAUAAUUUGAGCUGAGAUCUGGUUGUCUUUAGCAGUAGGAAGAUUGAUCAGUAGGGCAGUAGAGUGGCCUCAGGAAGGACUGGAUUUGUGUUGGGGUGGGCCCACCCAGGGCCUGUGUUUAGCAACUUCUUAAAAGAAAUGAUGAGCGGAGUGGUUUGAGACAGGUGGCAGUUCUUAGUUGGAUCUGAAGGGGAAUUGUGCAGCCUUGCUGGCAUUUUAAUUGCGGGCAGUUGCUGUCAGUCAGCCCUGGACAAAGACGAGGCUGUCAAAUCUGCCUUGCCUUUUCAAUUAGUUACCUUUCUUUGGGUUCCCAAGGCACAGAGAUGUUUAUACCUGAGCUCCUUGCAGCAGCCCGACUUGCUUAGUGGAAUCAUGGUCCUAGUUUGAUGUGAAUUGAAAGUGGGAGUUGUGCGUUUGUUGUUAUUUCCUACUUGUGAGUGGCUAAAGAAAAAAACCCCCAAAUCCGCAGCCUUUAUCUUUUGAAGCUGCAUUUUAUCCUUCCAGGCGCUGUUUGUGGUGUGAGGAAGGGUACCGUUACAGUAACCGAAACGAAGGUUCAGAGGCCGGGUUAAAGGAGUGGUUUUUCCUAGGAAGCGAGGUGGCUCUACAACACCGUCAAUAUGCCUAUGCACCCAAAGUCAGACCCCCGUUACUUUGUCGUGAUCCGGCCUCUGCCCAUCCCCAGCCAGAAAGGCCUCAAGGUCCAAGCUCGAAGCAACACCAUCUACAACUGCUGGGAUGUCACAAGAGAGCAGGUCUUCCGGGAGAACUACCAUCGGAGAAUCAAGCAGCUCACGCAACAAGGCUACUUUACUCCCAGCUGGAAGCCCUAUCAAGAUUUUGGAGACCCUCUUUACCUCGAUCCGAGGAAACUCACCCUUUACGGUCUCGGACAGCUCCCCUUGGUAAGCACAGUGCUCUCUUAGUAUGUUCUUUGCUUGUGAUAUUAAAAAGUAGGUGGUGGACCUCAUUAAGCCAUAGAAACCGCGCACUGAGGUCCAGCUCCGAGGGUCUUCUGGCAAUUCACUCACUGCGAGAUGUGAUGUUACGGGAACCAGGCAGAGGGCCUUCUCGGUGGUGGCGCCCGCCCUGUGGAACGCCCUCCCAUCAGAUGUCAAGGAAAUAAACAACUACCUGACUUUUAGAAGACAUCUGAAGGCAGCCCUGUUUAGGGAAGCUUUUUAAAUAAUUGAUGUUUUAUUCUGUCUUUAAUCUGUUGGGAGCUGCCCAGAGUGACUGGGGAAACCAAAAAUAGUGGUCAACUGCAAAGGGGAUUCGGAUAUAUAAUUUGGCACAUUUUACUAGAGAAUCCUCUGCUAUUCUAUUUUAUGCAACAAACAAUCUUAGUAGUUGUGACCGUGGUUUAUAUUGUAUGUGUGGUGCCCAAUGAUUUUUAUGGUUAUUGCUGUUUUUCCUUUUGUUAUUUUUCCAAAUGAUGCCAUGGCCUAUGGGUAGCACAAUAAAAGUCGAUGAUGAUGAUGAUGAUGAUGACUGGGGAAACCCAGCCGGAUGAGUGGGGUAUAAAUAAUAAAUUAUUAUAAUAUUAUUAUUACAUGUGAGACAUGAUUAUUACAGCAGGUAGCAGUGGUUGCCAGGUUCUGAAUGCUGGGCAAAGAGACCUGAAGAGGCCCCUGGGCCUGAGUUUUAAAGGUUUAUCUAAAGAGCUUUCAAGUUUAACUAAAGAGCUACCUUCACCCCUGUGAUCUUGCCUGCAUGUUACAGAGGCACUGUAGUAUGCUUGCCACUAAGAUAAGCUAGGAGGGGAUUUUUGGUGGUGGCUCCACUGCUGCGGAAUUCCUUUCCAAUCUAACUGCACAUGUCCUCAAACAGGCCUUCCAAAAUGUACCUAUUCCAGGCUGCCUUUCCGUAACAGUGCUUUUGUGUUGCUGCUUUCUGAGCCUCUUAGGAUUUGUUGCUUCUAAUGUAUCGUAAUAUUUCCCAUCUGAACAAAGGUGCCUCCUUGUGAGGGCUGCAUGCAAAAAGGUGACCAAUAAAUACUUGAAUACUGACAACAACAAUGGAAGGCCAAGUAGAAGAGUGUUAUAAAAGCAAAUAAAGGUGAAAUUUGGGGGAUCCGUAUAGAUAAAAACAGGGUCUGAUUUUAUAUGGCGGGAAAAUACUGGGCUUAAAAAAUACGUCUUUACAAGGCACCCGAAGCAACUGAUGGUUGCUCCUUCAUAUAUAGGUACCAGGAACCUCUCUUUCUGGCUGAUUAAUGGAACAGGACGAUUUGUGCCCCUCAGAGAGCCUGCGUUGUCAGGUUCAAAAACUCAGGUGUGAGUUUGGGGUCAGCCACCCUCAGUGCUGGCCUAGCCCCAACAUUUCCCCUCCAUGUUUAACUCGGUUUUUAGAGUACAGCGCCUCUAGCCUACUCUUGAAAGUGCUUGCUGAAUGCAGUCGGUUCUCGCCCCCCUCUCUUCUACAGCUGUCCCCAAAUGGCCCAGCAGAGCCCUGUUAGUAUUCAUUUAAGGACUGUGAAAUGACCCAUUUUGGUUUUAGAAUCCUGGCUUCUGCUCUCCAGAGAUGGGCGUGCAUUAGGCAGGCAGCUCUGAUUCAUUGAAAAUCAAGGAACGUUGCGUCCCCAGACAGGCUUUUUGAUUACCUGAGUGUUCCAAGCUCUGUGUUAAAAGGUCUGGUUUGAUUCCUUAGUGAGCCGGCACAAGGGGAUAUUAGUCCCCUUUUUAUCCGUUCAGAGAGUUAAUUGCCAUGGCAAGCUUGUCUGCGAUACCCAGGAGCCGGCUUGUUGACUUCUUCCAAGUAAAGAAAGGUGACUUUUUCCUCUCUCUCUCUCUCUCUCUCUCUCUCUCUCUCUCUUUUUCUUUUUUGGACACACUCAAAACAUUUCUGUUCUUUUCAAUUUGAAGCAUCAUGAAUGCUUCAAGCCUACUCUGCGCUUGUAAUCAGAUCCCGCUGAGUAAUUGUGUGCUAUACAGAAAGAAGAUGGGUAAUGAGAUGGGUAACUACAUCUAUCCAGGAAGAAAAUGGAGCCAUUUUUGUUGACUGGCGUAAUUUCUGCACCUGUAGUUAGAUCCCUCAGUUGGCAGGCUUUGAAUUAAGUGGGGGCUGAGGGGUCAGCAGCCAUGGCUCAUCCUGCAUGCGCUAAGAGGACAAAGGGCUCUUUAGGACAAAUGGCUCUUUAGCCUACUCUUUCUUGGUCAGAACGGCAAUACAGUUGUACCUUGGAAGUCGAACAGAAUCCGUUUCAGAAGUUCGUUCGACUUCCAAAACGUUUGAAAACCAAAGCACAGCUUCUGAUUGGCUGCAGGGAGCUCCUGCAGCCAAUCAGAAGCCGCAGAAGCUUCGUCGGACGUUCGGCUUGCAAAAAUAGUUCGCAAACUGGAACAGUCACUUCCGGGUUUGUGACGUUGGGGAGCCAAAACUGGAACUAAGCUGUUCAACUUCCAAGAAACGACUUUAGAGGCUUUGGCAGACAUUUUAUUGCAUGCUGUUUCAUUUAUUUAUUUAAAGGAUUUAUAUACUGAUGAAUCUUCAAUGCCUCUAAUCGGUUUGCACAAUAUAUGCAUUAAAAUUACCAGUCAGAGCAGAUAUUAUUAUUAGAAAAUAUCUUGAAAAUAAAACUGCUGAGCCUCUGAGAAUUCUUGGAGAACAGGUAAGGUCCCUGCAAAUUGUUAUGUACUGAAGUUCUCACCCUGGGCCAGCAGGAGGAUACUGUAGAUAGUUCAGAUCCACAUAUGCAAAUAAGGGAUCAAAAGUGACGUUCAGUGAUUGGAUAGUUACAGAAAAUGGUUACUGUUGCGUUCUAGUGGAGCUCUAUAUGGUAAGCAGGCUGGCUGAACCCUUCAGUUCAGUUCUGUUCUGGCCUGUAAAUAAACAAGAGCUGUUUGAAGAAUCGCUGUGUCGUCUGAUAUGUUCACCCACAACUUAACACCCAUCUUCAAAAAUGGGGAGAAGAUUCAACCACAUGAUUUCGAUAUCAGGAAAGGUCCUAGAACAGAUAAUUAAAUAUUCUGUCUGUAAGCAUUUAGAGAAGGAUGCUGUGAUUACUAAGACCCAGCAUGGAUUUCUCAAAAAUGAGUCAUGCCAGACCAAUCUCAUUUCUUUUUCUUUUUUUGAUAGAGUUACAGGUUUGGUGGAUCAGGGGAAUGCUAUGGGCACAGUGUAUCUUGAUUUCAGUUGGAAUUAACAGGUACUUGUAGAAAAGAAGUAAAAAAGGGGGGCUAGUAAAGGGGGGAAGGCUAGUAAUUUUUGUAUGCCCAUUUGCAAGGCUGAGUUUAGCUGCCAGAGGGUCUGGGAGAUUCAAUUUGGCUAGGGUGCCAAGGAGAAUGAUUUGGACCCCUAGUCGUCUUGGGUGAACUUCAUUUACCAGUAUAUUCUGGGUGAGAGAGGGUAACCCUUAAGCAAGUUUAAGUUGGCGUGGUGCAGGUACCGUAUGCUCAAAGGGUUUGUCUUCAGCAGCAUCAAACCCACAAUCAGAGGCAUACGGAGAUCAUUAUAUUCCCAUAUGCUUCAAUCUCUGUCAAAGGCCGCUUGUUAUGUUUCCCAGACUUUAAGACAGGGAGAGAGUAAUGUCUGAAGUUGUUGACAACUGAACCAUCCCCGGGAUCAAGGCUGUUUUGGCUUUUCACUGCACAACUGGCACACACUUCCCUAACACUUGGCCAUUUGCUCUGUGUAAUUAAAGCCCGCCGUUGUCUGUGGGCAAAGUUCAGAAGUGGCCUGGAAAAAUGAGCUCAUUUUUAAACCAUCAUCAGAGCUAUUUCUAGAGGAUGGCUUUGUCCUUCAGUGUCAUCAAGCAGCCAGCCAUAGCAGUUAGCCAUGACAGUUAUCUAUGAAAAACGAGAAAUGGGGGACUCCUUAUCCAAGGGUAUGUAACUCACGCCUUGGGUCUGUUUGUUUUCCUGACCAUUUCCAAUGGCUUCCCGAUAUUUUCUGCCAAAUGACCUCCGGCUCGCUUUUGUCAUGCUGCCGGCAUGAUGGCUUUGUAAAUCAACCUUUCCAAGUGGCCCCUUAAUGCUGAUGGGUUAGGCUCAGUUUUAAUGUACACUUGCAUUUUCCGAUGUGGUUUUUUUCCUGCCUGUUCAGCGCAGCUGCUAAGCUUGCCCCACAACAAACUAUUUGAAGUCUACUGUGGCGCACAUGACAAGUUUUCCAACUCUACAAUUCUAUGACUCUAGGGUGAUUGUGAGAAUAAAAUGGAGACAGGUGGGAUAUCUGUGUAUGCCACCUUGAGCUCUUCGGGGGAAAGUUGGGAUGGAAAUGUUGUUAUUACUGUUGGUUUUCAGCUGUGGGGAAAUGAUUUUUUGCAUUGGCGUGUAGCCAAAAUGCAGCCAAGUGUGUGUUUUUCAAAGGAGAGAGAUCUUGUGGAGCGCUUUCCCUUAAGUGAUUCAAAUCCGUUCCUUUCCCAGGACCGGUUCAGGGUACAAAGCAAAAAAGUGCAUUUCUGCUGCAUGCCAGUCAUUUAGUAAAUUAAUCCCAGAUCUGCAGUCACCACAACUGAUACACAAGAGCACCUGUCACAUAGCCGAGGGGUAAGGAGUCCCCAAGACUCUGUCUGUUUCAGACAGAACGUCUUGUGUUCAGAAAGCAAUUUUGAGGUACAGAAUUUAGGUCCUUAAAGAUAAGGACCACCGCUCAGGAGUAAAUUGGUAGUCGAGGCAGGUGAGAGAAUAUGCAGAGCGACAGGCUCCAUCUGCUUGGUUCCAGUCACAAGUUUGGCAGCUGCAUUUUGAAACAGCUGAAGUUCCCCGACGCUCUUCUGCAAAGGCAGCCCCACAUGAGCUUUACUGAAGCACAAGUGGGUGUAGCCCCAGGGUGGACAAUGAUCAUGGGACCAGGUAGGGUGCUGUCAGGCGUCAGGGAACCCUACCACCACCCACCCACCCACGGCCAGCUACCAGAGAUAGAAAGACAGGGAAAGCUCCUUACCAAAGACUUUUAUGCAAUAUGCACAGAGGAGGGCUUAGAAAGUUAGCCUCUUGGACUAAUGGCAUUGCUCCGAGUAAUCUCCCCCGCCUUUACAUCUUACUUGUCAACAGCACCACCCUCCUUACAGUGGCUGCUUAAGGCCAAUUGCCUCUUAGCUCUCUGCUCUCCUACUUUCACUGCCCACCGGGUUCUGGGGGAAGGGGGAUCUGGGAUGCUCUCUAAUGAUAAUGUGUCGGCCAGCUGUUCCGGCUCUGCUUCUCCCUCCUCCCCUUCUCCCAUUAUCUUCCAGCUUUGCUCCCUCUUCUGUCUCUGAGCUCUGAUCAUCUGCAAACCACUGUUGUAUUUUUUAAAAAAAUUUUUAGAAAAUCUUUAUUAAUUUUCACGUAGACAAAUAUACAUAACACAUCGUAUAAAAGACGAUACAGAUGAGUAAAAACAAUAAAGUAAGAAAAGUUAGAAAAAUAAACAUAAACAAAUACAAUAUAUUACACUUACAUAACAAAUUAAAAUAUGUAACUCCCAAUAAUUCUCAUUAUACUACUUAUGUUAUCUGUAUUCCUUGCACAGAUUUAUAUUAUUUUAUUUUGUAUAUAGAUAGAUAAUCCACUAUUACAUUUUGGAUAAUUCUUAGUUAUCAGUAUCACUCUAUUUCUGCAAGUAUCUUAUUGUUCGUACAGUACGUUGUCAAGUACCGGUAUUCUUUAUAUAUUUUCCAUUCCCUAAAUACCUUUUGGUUUGACAUUCUUCUGAGUUUUCCAGUCUGUUUAAAAUUUAUACUGUCUUCCUCUUCUUUGGAAGAUUCAGGGGGAGGGGGAGGCGGUCUCCACCAUUCCUCCUCAGUCCAGUUCCUGACAGGUGGCAGGGUACCUAAGUGGAGGCGGAGCCUGGGAGUGGGGUGUCACCAUAGGUGGAGUCAACCUGUUCUGGUUUGGUUCCCCACUCCGCAACUUCCUUCCUUAGAAAAAUAUUGUGGACACUUACUCAGUGCAGUAGUAGCUUAACACCUUGGGGACGCGGGUGGCGCUGUGGUCUAAACCACUGAGCCUCUUGGGCUUGCUGAUCAGAAGGUCGGCGGUUCAAAUCCCCGCAACGGGGUGAGCUCCCAUUGCUCGGUCCCUGCUCCUGCCAACCUAGCAGUUCAAAAGCACAUCAAAGUGCAAGUAGAUAAAUAGGUCCCGCUGCGGCAGGAAGGUAAAUGGCAUUUCUGUGCGCUCUGGUUUCCGUCACGGUGUCCUGUUGCACCAGAAGCGGUUUAGUCAUGCUGGCCACAUGACCCGGAAAGCUGUCUGUGGACAAAUGCCAGCUCCCUUGGCCUGAAAGCGAGAUGAGCACCGCAAACCCAUAGUUGCCUUUGACUGGACUUCACUGUCCAGGGGUCCUUUACCUUUUUACCUUUAGCUUAACACCUGUUCUACCCAGGAAAGUGGUGGGGACAGGCAUUUAUGGCUACAGCAACCUCCUUGGCAUCCAGGAGUAUUCCCAAGCUUUGUUGUUGUUGUUUGUUGUUUAGUCGUUCAGUCGUGUCCGACUCUUCGUGACCCCAUGGACCAGAGCAUGCCAGGCACUCCUGUCUUCCACUGCCUCCCACAGUUUGGUCAAACACAUGCUGGUAGCUUCGAGAACACUGUCCAACCAUCUCGUCCUCUGUCGUCCCCUUCUCCUUGUGCCCUCCUUCUUUCCCAACAUCAGGAUCUUUUCCAGGGAGUCUUCUCUUCUCAUGAGGUGGCCAAAGUAUUGGAUCCUCAGCUUCACGAUCUGUCCUUCCAGUGAGCACUCAGGGCUGAUUUCCUUCAGAAUGGAGAGGUUUGAUCAUCUUGCAGUCCACUGGACUCUCAAGAGUCUCCUCCAGCACCGUAAUUCUUAUAUGUCUGUUGCCUUUGUCCAUGGAGUUUUCUUGGCAGGGAUACUGGAGUGGCUUGUCGGUUCCUGCUCCAGGUGGAUCACAUUUGGUCAAAACUCUCCACUAUGACCUGUUCAUCUUGGGUGCCCUGCACGGCAUAGUUCAUAGCUUCUCUGGGUUAUUCAAGCCCCUUCGCCACGGCAAGGCAGUGAUCCCAAGCUAAGCACCUGAUUUUUAGAUAGUUAGAUGUUUGCAUCAGCCAUCGGCCUUUGCAGUCCGAGUACAAAACACAUGUACAGACAACUUAAGCACUUCUGAAGCGUUCCUUCUUUUGGCCGACAGAGGGUUGGCAGGAGCCCGGCCUUGGGAUGACUCUCCUUGAGCCCGAUUGCUCAGAACAGCCAAUUGCCCUCGCCACGAGUUUUAAGGAACACUGUAAUCCCAACCGCCCUCCCCUCACUGCAGGGUUGGCUAAAGAUGAUACUGUCAAGUGAAAACAAUGAUUUAAUGGCUUUGUGACAUGAAGGCCCCGGGACUAAUGGAACACAACCUAGAAAUCGAAGCCGAGUGAAUGUUUUAAGGCUCCUAGGCUGCAAUUAUGAUACAGUCUCUGCCUGCAGCUGUCAUUACAAUCACAAAAUGUCAGCAGCGAUUAGUUCUCUUUCAGAAGGUCAAAUAACAAUGGCGAGGAGGAUGCCUGCGUGGUGACAGUAAGCCUGUACCAGUGGGCAAAAGCGUGGACAGCUCUCAUGAUGCUUUGCAGUCUUGCUGCGAUAGGACCACUCCUUCUGCAUGUCAGCAUAAAGUUAUUCCAGGGCCGGGUUCAAGCAAGAGACCAGCAUCCUCCAAGGCAGCAGAUCUCAUGUUUCCUACAAUUUUUUUAUAUAUAACAAAAUUUAAACCAGAGCAUACUGCUUUGCAUUUCUCAAUUUGACAAGAUCCCGGGGCUCUGUUUAUCAGGCCUCCGUUCCCUUGGGAAAGAAAGAUGGCUGAAGGCAUUUCUGUAAUGUGCUUUUAUUUACAGAUAUAAAAGGUGAGCAUAAGGCAUAGACAGAUUUAUCUUUUUGCUCAGGCAGCCCAGUCAGAUGAGCGGGGUACAAUUAUUAUUAUUAUCCUCAUCCUCAUCAAUAUCGUUAUCAUUAUCAUUUUUAUCACCCAUUGAAUCAGCCCCUGUUUUGUGGGUCCGAAUCUUUUAUUUGUUCUUGUUUGCUCCUAAGUAUUUUUAGUCUGCAUUUAGGAUGCAUUUUCGUUUUAAUUGUCUCUCCCCCCCCCCCCAUUGUACACCGCCUCAAGGUCUUUAAAAAACAUAUUCCAGUUUAUGUGCUUUGAAAUAAAUAAAUAAAUAAAAUAUAGGUCAGAUAGUUGUUUAUUUCUUUGACAUCUGAUGGGAGGGUGUUCCACAGGGUGGGCACCACUACCGAGAAGGCCCUCUGCCUGGUUCCCAUCAAAUCUCCAGAGAGGCACCCCAAGACAGAAUCAUAGAGUUGGGAGGUCCUAACGGGUCCAACAAUGCAGGAAUCACAGCUAAAGAAUCCCUGACAGAUGGCCCUCCAGUCUCUGGUUGGAAACCUCCAAUGUAGGAGAAUCCACUAUCUUCCAAGCUUCCACUGUUGGUCAGCUCUUGCCGUCAGAAAAUUCUUCCUAAUGCUUAGUCGGAAUGAUCAUUUGGAUGCUUCUAAUUUUCCAGAGCUCUUUUCUCUCUGUCUCAGGUUUUCUCUAAACUGCUGUAUCUCUGUCUUUCAGAGCCUCAACCUGCUUCUAUUCUUUGCCUUUUUAAAUAUACAUAAUGUCACUGCAUGUCCCUGCCUCCUACGUGUGUUGCAGAAAUAUCUGUGUACAGGAGGAGCGAGCGUGGGUUUUGUGGCUCAGAGCCACCGGGUCAUUCAUCAGCAUUUUGGUGCGAUAUCUUCCCAAUACAGUGGUGCCCCGCAAGACGAAUGCCUCGCAAGACGAAAAACUCGCUAGACGAAAGAGUUUUCCGUUUUUUGAGUCGUUCCGCAAGACGAAUUUCCCUAUGGGCUUGCUUCGCAAGACGAAACGUCUUGCGAGUUCUUGUGAGUUUGUUUCCUUUUUCUUAAAGCCGCUAAGCCGUUAAUAGCCGCUAAGCCGCUAAGCCGCUAAUAGCCGCUAAGCUGCUAAUAGCCGCUAAGCCGCUAAUAGCCGUGCUUCGCAAGACGAAAAAACCGCAAGACGAAGAGACUCGCGGAACGGAUUAAUUUCGUCUUGCGAGGCACCACUGUAUACACAUUUGUGUAUACGAUUCUUUCCCCUAAAGCGCACACUUUUUUGCAAACAGUUUUCCGUUUGCCCAAUCCAGCAGGCUCAGCUUACGUUCUUGUGCAUUUUUCUAUGUUAUUUCAUGUAUUUUGAGGCAGACUUUGCCCCAGUGUGCGCACAGAACUGCAUUUGCAAACUUUGAAGGAGUGCUAAUUCCGAAAGGAUGGCUGCUGUUUCGGUUUGUGCAUUGUUUAAAAAAAUCAGAAGACUGUCUGGGGGAAUGGGAGAUGAAAGACUAAGAGGUGAAAUCAGUUAUGAUUAAAUGGGCACAAGAUAUAUGUCAUAAUAUUAUGCUGGAAGAUUGGGAAAGUUUAUGGAAAAUUGAUUUAAAAUUUAUAGAUUGCUCCUUGAUGAAAGAAAAUUAUAUGAAGAUGAUGUAUAGAUAGUAUAUAACACCAGUAUAGCUAGGAAUAAUGUAGAAAACCAGUUCAAAUAUGUGUUGGAAGUGCAAAGAAAAAGAAGGGACCUUUUAUCAUAUGUGGUGGGAUUGUAAUGAAAUUAAAAAGUUUUGGGAAAUGAUAUAUAACAAACUGAAGAAAAUGUUCCAAUUAACAUUUGUUAAAAAACCUGAAGCAUUUUUGUUAGGGAUUGUAGGAAAAGACCUGCCAAGGAAAUUGAAAAAUAUCUUUAUGUAUGCGACAACGGCGGCAAGAGUCCUAAUAGCACAAGGAUGGAAGACUGAAGAAAUGAAGAAUGAGGAAAUCCCAACUAAAGAACUAUGGCAAGAGAAAUUGAUGGACUACGCAGAAUUGGCAAAAGUGACACAAAUACUACAUGACAAGGAUAACUGUGAUUUUAAAGAUGAAUGGGAACCCUUUACAAAGUAUUUAAAGAAACAACAAAAUGAACUGGACUCCUUGGCAGGCUUUGAAUAAACAUUCACAAACUUUUUCUUGAUAACACUCAGAUAGAUAAAUUAAGGAUCCGUACAGUUUUGUAACAUGCAGAAAAUAACAUAGGUUGAUAAACCAGAGAGAGGAGCUGAGGGAAGUCUGGGGGGGAGGGGAGGGUGGGUCAGGUUUUUUUUUUUUUAAUAUAUAUUAUAUUUUUAUUGGUUUUCAAAUACAAAAACAAAUUUAUACAUUCCAUACAUCUUAAUUACAUCUUACUUCUCUUUUUGACUUCCCUCAAUUUGUCUGAAAUUCCUUCCCUUUAUUACUUUUUACACAUUUCUGCCAUUUUAACCAUUUCCCCUCACAGAGCUUCCUUAAAACUUACAAACGUAAUUUGAUUAUCACUCAGUUUUUGCAUAUAUUGUAUAAACUUUUCCCAAUCUUCUGUAAAUCUUUGAUCUCGUCGAUUCCGGAUCCUUCCUGUCAUUCUAUCCAGUUCUGCAUAAUCCAUCAUUUUAGUUCUCCAUUCUUCUAUCGUAGGUAAUUCUUCCUGUUUCCAUUUCUGGGCCAUCAAUAUUCUUGCUGCUGUCACUGCAUAUAAAAAUAACUUCUUUUCUUUCUUAUUUAUCUCAUUACCUGUAAUGCCUAGUAAAAAUGCUUCUGGUUUCUUAACGAAUGUAUAUUUCAACAUUUUCUUCAAUUCAUUAUAAAUCAUCUCCCAAAAGCAUUUUACCUUCUUACAUUCCCACCAGGUUUUUGGGGCGGGGGUCAGGUUUUUGGGGCGGGGGAGGGAAAAAACGGGGGGGGGGGGGUUAAGGAUGAUAUUUUUUUAAUAAAAUGUCAUGCUGAAAUAAUUAAUUAAAAAAAUAAAAAAUAAUAAUUAAAAAAAGCAAAUUAGAAGACCGGCCGGAUCAGGCUAACGGCCCAUCUAACCCCAGCAUCCUCAUCUCACAUCCGCUGACCAGAUGCCUGUGUUCAACCCACAAGCAGAAUCCAAGCACAAGAGCCCUCUCCCCUCCCGUAGUUCCCAGCCACUGGCAUUCAGAAGCAAUACUGCCUCUGAACUUUGGGGCAGACCAUUGCCCUCAUAGCUAGUGGCCAUUGAUGGCCUUCUUCCUGAGUUUAUCCAGUCCUCUUUUGAAGCCACCGAAGUUGGUGGCCAUCACUACCUCCUGUGGGAGUGAGUGAGUUCCACAGUUUAACUAUGCUCUGCAUGAAGAAGUUCUUUCUUUUCAUCUGUCCUGAAUCUCCCAUCAUUCAUCUUCAUUGGAUGUCCACCUGUUCUAUGUGUUACGAGAGAGGGAGAAACAACUUCUCUCUACAGUGGUGCCUCGCAAGACGAAAUUAAUCCGUUCCGCGAGUGUCUUCGUCUAGCGGUUUUUUCGUCUUGCGAAGCAACCCUAUUAGCGGCUUAACGGAUUAGCGCUAUUAGCGGUUUAGCGGCUAUUAAAGGCUUAUCGGCUUAGCGGAUUAGCUGCUAAAAGGCUAUUAAAGGCUUAGUGGCUUAGAUAAAGGGGGGGGAGUGAAAAAAAAAUCUCAAGACUCGCAAGACAUUUUCGUCUUGCGAAGCAAGCCCAUAGGGAAAUUUGUCCUGCGAAGCAACUCAAAAAUGGAAAACCCUUUCGUCUAGCGGGUUUUCCGUCUUGCGAGGCAUUCGUCUUGCGGUGCACCACUGUAUUCGCUUUCUACUUGCCGUGUAUAACUUUUAUACAAGUUGGGCAUGUCAUCCAUGGGCCUAGCUGAAGGGGGAAUCGGUGGGCAACUAUCCCCUCCCCAAAAAACCAAGUAAAUAAAUAAAAAUGAAAAGUAGAAAUAAUUAGAAUAUUUGAAAUGCUGUGACAGAUUUCACUGAGCACUUGGGGUCAAAAGAAAGUCAUUUAAAACAUCUGUUGUUGAGACAUUUCAUUCCAAAUUUGCCAGACAGAGGACGAUGACAUGUGGGUGUCCUGCCCCCCCCCCAUAAAUCCUGGCUAUGCCCAUGAUGUCAUAUAUCAUGUUUCAAAAAGCUUGAAUUACGUAGCUUCGCCUUUUAACGCAGACCGAAUUGACUCUGUCCUUGGUUGCUGGCUUUUUGAUUUCCAACAGAUUCCCCAUGCAUUUUUUUACGCCUGCUUCUCAGUGAGCAGAAAGAGACACGCAUGAUCUGACUUAAUAUAUGACACCCUCUCUCUCUCUCUCUCAUCUGGAGCAAAUGUUUCUGUUCUUCUUUGGACCAGCUGUUCUGUGAGGCUGUAGUGCCAAGAGACCCUGUCACGCUGCAUUUUUUUUAUGUUGUAAGGAUUGUCAGUGUGUUUAUUUUGCUGUGCUAGACACUGGUCUGACAGUUUGGUAUCUAGGCUCUGAAGGCAUCAAGCAGCCUCCUUCGGAGCAACUCUCCAGAUGUUGGUGAAUACUGAAGACACACCUCUUUGCCACACGAAAUGCAUAUUUUUACGAUGCACCUUAUUUUCUGAUUUUAAGUUAUUUUUUAGUUGUUAUAAUCUGCGCUGGCACAUUAGGGUGAAGAACAGAAAAAUAGUUGUAGCAGUGCUAAGAAGGCAGGCAGAGAGGUUUGUGGGGCACUGGAAAGCUCUGCAAGUACAGUCAUACCUUGGGAUGAAUACGCUUCAGGUUAAGCGUUUUUGGGUUGCGCUCUGCGGCGACCCGGAAGUAACAGAAUGCGUUACUUCCGGGGUUCACCACUCGCGCAUGCACACUCAAAAUGAUGUCACGUGCAUGCGCGGAAGCAGCAAAACACGACCCGCAGACACGCAGUCACAUGUUACGUUUGCUUAAGGAUGCGAACUGGGCUCUGGAACAGAUCCCAUUCGUAUCCAGAGGUACCACUGUAUCAUUAUUAUUCAUAUUUUAAAAAAUGUGUUUAUUAUACCCCAGGUGCAGCCUGACUUUCCUCCACCUUGAGUUUGGCCCCACCUCUCUUCCCUGCCUCUGUUUUUUUAUCAAAGUUGGAGACAGCUUACUGAGAGUCUUGAAAUCAGGUCCGCAACUGUGGCUCCAGUAAAGCUCGUCCCCGUGCCAAAAAUGACUUCAUGAGCAUGUCCUGACAGCAAGCAGUUUUUAAAAAUAAUAACAGUGCCGUGGCCAGAGGUAGUUGCUUCCUGGAAAAUAUACUUGGGGGUGGAGAGAAAUAAUCUCCACUUUCCUCUUGCUUAGGUGACGGAUGGAAAGCUAGAAACUGAAUAGGAUAGAUAAAGAGGAAACUUGCCAAGGACAAUAAGAGUUUCAUUGGUAACAUGCAACAAACAGAAGAUGUGGGGAACGUUUGCAAGAAGAAUCUGAAAUUUUUGGCACACCUCCGAACGGUCAUGGAAAUGAGACAAAGCAGAAAGAGAGAGAGGAAUUUGAGAAGCAGAAAUGGAGAUGUUGUAUACAAUAGGAUGAUUAUGAUUAUUAUUUUUUAAAAAACGCCUACACAAAAGCACUGGCUCGCGUGGGUAAAUUAGAAAAAAAGAAAGAAAAAACUGUGCUUUUCAGAUACCCUGCCUGGGAAUAGAAUCAAGGCUGACUGAAAUAACUCAGGGUUUCUAAGCCUGAAUUUAAGAAUGGCACUAAUUGGAUUUACAUCAGAAAUGGCUCUGGCAUUUUAAUUCUGAAAGGCAGCAAUCCAGAAUUAAUUGACUGCAGAAGCAGCCCCGUUGCAUUCAUUUGGUCUGCUCUGGAAGUAGGCAGAUAGUAGAUUUAGGGACCUCCCCCCAUGCGGUUGUCCUUUCUAUCAUGCGUUCAAUAUUUGUGCUCAAGAUAAGAACCUCAGAAGCGUCUGCUGGAUCGGACCAGUGGCUUGUCUAGUGCAGAAUCCUGUUCUCACAGUGGCUAACCCAAGCAUAAGAGCACUCUCGCUUCCUGUGGUUUCCAGGAAUUGGUACCCAGAAACAUUAUGGCCUCCGACCAUGGAGGCAGCACAUACCCGUCAUGUCUAGUAGUUGCUGACAGCCUUCUCCAUCCACGAUGGUAUCAGGGCAGUUAUACACGCUGCCGUUUUUCAAUACUAUUUGGACCUGCAGAAGUUUCAGGGCUAACUUGCUGCUUCAUUUCCAAUUGGUGCACAUCUUGUAACAAACCCCCCCCCCAAUUUUUUAUUUAUUUAUUUGGUUUUUCAGAUUGAAAACAUACAGCAUAAAAGCAACAUUCCAAGCAAUCUCUUGGACUUCCCUCCUCCCCUUUGUGGGUCCUACUGUUAAUCAUAUCCUCCUGCAUCUUUUAUAAUCAUCCAAAUCUUUUAUCUCUCCAUUGUAUCCAGAAUUCACCCUUAAAUGACAAUCCUACUAACGAUUUUAACAGUUUACAAUGGUUAUUAAAAUUUUGGUCUUCCAGAUUUCUGAUUCUUCUGGCCAUUUUAGCCAUUUCAGCAUAAUCCAUCAACUUGAUCUGCCAUUCUUCUCUGGUAGGGACUUUAUCUUCUUUUCCAUCUCUGGGCCAGUAACAUCCGCGCAGCCGUGGUUGCAUACAUAAAUAGUCUUUUCUGCUUUGGGAUUUCAGCACCUAGAAUUCCUAAAAGGAAGGCUUCGGGGUUUUUCAAAAAGGUUAUUUUAAACAUUUUUUCGUCUUGUAAUUUCCUACUAAAGGCUUGUAGCUUUUUAUAGCACAAAUGAUCCGGUUAAAUUUCCACCUCCCUUUUUGUUGUGCUGUACUUGAACACCCCUCCAGGCGGCAAUAAUGUGAUAACAUUGGGGAGACAUUGCUGAGCAACUAAUAACGUGGGAUGAUGUGUGUGGACGGUCCAGUAUAAACCCAUCACCAUCUCCUGACACACCAAUGCACUAUUAUUACAUCAAUGGCACAUUGCCCCUACGGCUGGUGGUAGCAUGUAAUGGUUUAAAAGACCGGGAGAUGGAAGAGAAAUCUGGAUAGAAAUGAGGAUGUAGCAGAAUAAAAUGAGAUUGUUUGGACGUUCCCAAAAACAACACAAUGUCAGGCUGAAAUUUCAGUGUUAAGACUACACAGGUAAAUACAGGAAGUCUGAUGCAAGAUAUCUAAGGCACAAUCUGCCAAAACAUUGGCUGUUUUAAGACCUAUAGAUUUCCUGGAGUGACUUAGGCAAAAUAGAGGCCUGACUCAGACAUAACUACAUCGACCUGUAGGACCAAGAAUGAGCGUUAUGGCUGCUUGUUCCCUUCUCCCCUUCCCUCAAGUGCCUAACUACCAUACCUGUGGGAUUUGUUAAACCACAGUUUCCCAUUGAAGCUCGGACUACAACCCUGGUUUGCGAACCGUCAUCAAUAAUCUGAAAUCCUAGUUUGUAGUUGGAGCUUAAACUACAGUUUCCUGGUUCAGGUAUAAGAAGAGGAAACUGUGGCUUAACAAACCUCAGGUGUAUGGCAGUGAGAGAGCAGAGAGAAGGAAAAGGGAGGAUGAAGCACAGGGACACCUUGAUUCUUUGCCCAAUAAACCAUGGUUUAUCUGAUUGAGGUGGUUAAUGUUUGAAUUGGGUCACUGAGUAUGUUCUCACUUUUGUCCUAUUGAAAUCAGUGGGAUUUUCAGACCAAUCUUAAGCAUGUUUACUCAGUAAGCCCCAUGUGUUCAGUAUGUCUACGCAGGAGAAAGCCCCUUUGAUUUCAAUGGGACUUACUCCCAGGUAAUGUAUACAGCACGGAAGCCUUACUCCCUCAUAUGCACGUUCCCAAUUUCUGCCUAAGAGCAUGGGCUGGAUCAUGACCAAAGGCUUUUUAGCUCAAAGGCAAUCAGGAUUUUUCAAGCUUGACUAAUUCAUUUCCCGUUUUGUUCCCAUUUGGUUUGCUGGUUUAAUUAAGCUUAUUUCAAGAGACAUGAGAAUUUAGUAAAAAUAAAACAGAAAGCUGAGGAAAAAUGAAAGGGAGACAUUAGCAGUUAGCAUUAAUAAUGCAUAUAUUAAAAGCCUCUUGGGAAAACGUACAAUGUAAGUUUAAAAACCUCUUGCUAAAACAGGCAGAAUAUAGUGAAUCUUUUUCUUUUCAAUUAACCAGUCCAUACUUAGAAUAAGGUCUCUCUCUGUUGUGGAAUUAAGUUACCAGCAAGAUUCAAGGCCUCGCUGUUCUGUUUUUUUAAAAGCAAGCUUCUAGCCCUCAUUGAGGUUUUGGGUUGUUGUUUUUUAAUGGUGCAGAAACUUGUUGCUCACAAGAGCUCCUCCGUUCACUUCUCAGGAGGGGACAGCUCAUUGCACAAUGCCACAAAUGCAGUGGGCCUGGUGUUUUGGUGCUCAUCUACAAAAACUUUCAUUGUUCAGAAGUCAGAGCUGGGAAAGGUCCCUGCCUGAGAUGUUGGAGAAUCACUACUGGCGAGGAGGAAGAUGCUGAUUUACUAAAACCAUUUAGGAACAUAGGAAAUCGCUUUAUGCCAUGUCAGACUGUUGCUCCAUCUAGCUCAGUAUUGUCUGCAGUGACUGGUAGAGGCUCUCAGGCAGGGGACAUUGACAUCCCUAGCUGGAGAUCUCCUCGGGGGCUGAACCUGGGAGUUUCUGCACACAGAGCUCUGACCCCUGAGCAGGGACGCCAGCUAAGGGGGACCAAGGGGGACUUGCGUGUCAAGAGAGGAGAAGCAGCUGAGUGACCGGGCGUUUGCUGAAAGCAUUGCUAUUACAAACACUGGGUGAGACCUUGGUGGUAAUAUUGCCACUGGGGGCUGCCUUGUUGGUGUUGACCCAGCGCAGGGCCUUUUCAGUGGUGAUUCCCCAGUUGCAGAAUGGCCUCCCUUUGUGAGGCUCACCUGUCUCCAUCAUGAUCAGCUUUCAGGAGGAAUUUGAAAACAGUCCUGUUUACCCAGGCAUUUGGUGGCUGAAGAAUACUGUUCCUGGCGACCCUGAGAUCAUUGGCUAGAAAAAUGCCUUUAGUUAUAAUUGGGUUUUUUAAUAAUGUUUUAAUCUGUUUUAGAAUGUUUUUGUGGUUGGAGGAUGGAUGGCAGCUAACAGAUUGAGGUUGAAUCCUGACAAGACAGAAGUACUGUUUGGGGGGGCAGGUGGGGGUGGAGGAUUCCCAGAUCCUGAAUGGGGUAACUGUGCCGCUGAAGGAACAGGUGUGCAGCCUGGGAGUCAUUUUGGACUCACAGCUGUUUAUGGAGGCGCAGGUCAAUUCUGUGUCCAGGGCAGCUAUCUACCAGCUCCAUCUGGUACACAGACUGAAACCCUACCUGCCCGCAGACUGUCUCGCCAGAGUGGUGCAUGCUCUGGUUAUCUUCCGCUUUGACUACUGCAAUGCACUCUACGUGGGGCUACCUUUUAAGGUGACCCAGAAACGGCAACUAAUCCAGAAUGCAGCAGCUAGACUGGGAGUGGCCGCCAAGACCGUAUAACACUGGUCCUGAAAACCUACAUUGGCUCCCAGUACGUUUCUGAGCACAAUUCAAAGUGUUGGUGCUGACCUUUAAAGCUCUAAACAGUCCUGUAUACCUGAAGGAGUGUCUCCACCCCCAUCGUUCAGCCCAAACACUGAGGUCCAGCUCCGAGGGCUUUCUGACAGUUCCCUCCCUGCGAGAAGUGAGGUUAUAGGGAACCAGGCAGAGGGCCUUCACGGUAGUGGCGCCCACCCUGUGGAACGCCCUCCCAUCAGAUGUCAAGGAAAUAAACAACUAUCUGACUUUUAGAAGACAUCUGAAGUCAGCCCUGUUUAGGGAAGUUUUUAAUGACUGAUGUUUUAAUGCAUUUUUUAUAUUUUGUUGGCAGCCGCUCAGAGUGGCUGGGGAAACCGAGCCAGAUGGGCGGGGGUAUAAAUAAUAAAUUAUUAUUAUUAUAUAUUAUUUGCUUCAUUUUUCCCUUCAGGUUACCUGUUUGCCGUCCUGACCUCCUUGAGGACAAAGGGCAGGGUGCAGAUUCAAUUCAAUAAAUAAUAACUCUGUUUUGAUUAAUUCCUUACUUCCUUACUUCUUACCUAUGCCUUGAGGCAGUUUGCAAACGCACUAUGAAAAAUGCUAAAAAGAGUUUUGAAAGCUGUACAAAAAUCCAGCUGAAGAUAUACACUGAAAAACAAUGCAAAAGGGGCUCCAGCUAAGGGGGGCAAAGGAGGACUUGCGUGUUACAUGCGCAAGUUGCACUGCAUGCGCUUGUGAUAUGAGCACGUCACACUGUGCCGGCCUCCUCAAUCGCAGGAGCAAACUGGCAUGCCUGCCCUGGAAUUAUGGCCGUUCCUCAAUUUGUUAGCUUCCUUUCUUAUGUUCAAAACAGUGACAAAAACCUAUAAAACUGGAUGGAUCUAUGGUUUGGAUCCAUUUAAGGCAGCCCUUGUUUCACUCAUACCUGGUCUGUAUCCUCAAGAUGCGAAAGGAUGAACAUUGAAAUAAACGAAAGAGGCAGAGUUGCACACAAUGGAAUUGUAAAGCCAAAAGUUCUUUCCCCCUAACUUGUGGGUGGUUAACCUGUUGAACUCCAGUUCCCAACAGCCAACCUGAGCAAAGGAUGAUGGGAGUUGUAGUCCAGCAACAUCUGGCAUCCUAAAAGCUACUCCCCACAGGCCCUCCAGAAACACAGUGAGCCCGCCAGUAGUUAUUUAAUUUCACGACAGCUUAAUACCUAUUUAAUUAUUUGGUUAUAUUUUAGUGGAGGGAUUAAUUAUUCAAUAUGUUACCAUCCUGUUUAAUAGGGUAUUACGGCGUCGGCCGCCCUGGGAUCGAUGAAACUGAUAAAGGGCUGGAUAUAAAUUGAACUAAUAAGUAGAUAAAUAAUUGACACUGUUUCUACUAUGUGGUUCUUGUUGUUUUACUUUCAAAAGAAAUUUACUGGGAGACUUACAAAACAUUAAUAUAUUAAAAAAUACCAUAAAUGCGAUUCCAUAAAAUUGCCAUAAACUGUAGAGAAACACAAUAAACUGUAGAAGAAGUCCUGUCAGGAGAAGAAUGGCUACAGAAACUAAUGGAUUAUGCAUAAUCAUAAUAAUAAUAAUAAUAAUAAUAAUAAAUUUUAUUUAUAUCCCGCCCUCCCCAGCCGAAGCCGGGCUCAGGGCGGCUAACAGCAAUCAAAUAAUCAAACAAUCAAAUAAUCCAACAUUCUAAAAACAUUUCAUUAUAAAAAUUAAUUAGAAUCAAAUUAAUGUCAACCAUUAAGCAAAAUUCUGUGCAGGUUGCCAGAGGAGGAAUUCCAAAAUGUUCAAAAACUGAAAACUCAUAUGGAAGCCACGUGGCAUGUUCGACAUCUGAGGCAAGUUCGAAAACCAAAGUAUUUACUUUUGGGUUUACAGUAUUCAAAAACCAAAAUGUUCAUCCAUAGAGACAAAUCGAAAACCGAGGUACCACUGUCCAUUUUUAUUUAUUUUUUAUUUUUUUGCAGCUGGUGCAAAUGUCCAGAAGUCCUGGUUAGUUGCAUAUAGUUGAUGGUAGUGUGUCUGACCGUCUCAGUAUUGCCUGCACUGACCGGCAGCAGCUUUCCAGACAGGGAAUCUCUCCCAGCCCUACUUGGAGAAACCAGGGAUUGAACCUGGGAGCUUCUACAUGCAGUUUGGAUGCUCUAACCGCCGAGCUAAGAUCCUUUUCCUGGGCUCUGGCCCAUCCCUUGGAGAGGGAUUGUUCCUGGAAUAUUUUUCCCGUUCCACAAACCUGUGUCUUUGUGAGCCUUCCAGCGCUCAGAUAUACGGACAUUUAAGUAGUGUCUUUAAUGUCCUGAUUUUGUAUUUGAGGAAAACAACAUGCUUCAGUUCAUUUAAAACAAAACAAAAAAACAAGCACCAGAUAUGCUCAGCAUGAAUCCCAAUGGAGAUUUAUAAAAUAAAACCUGAUUUCUGAUCACCCAUUUUUGCAAAACUGUUUUCAUACAUUAACAGCUCAGGUCGCAUACUGGAAGGGUGGAAGCUGAGUAGAAUUGUCCCAAUAUAUAAAAAGGGUGAUAAGAAAAACCCUGCCAAUUAUAGACCCAUUAGUUUGUUAGAAGUAGCCUCUAAACUAUAUGCCAGGCUCCAGACUGGAAGAAUGGGCAGAUACAAAUAAGGUGAUAUCUGAAGUCCAGGCAGGUUUCCAAAGAGGAAAAUCCACAUUGGACCAGUGCUUUGUGAUGAACUUUCUGCUAUGUAAAUACAUCCGUAAUUUGAAGCAAAAAUUACACGUCGCUUUUAUCGAUCUAAAGUCAGCUUUCGAUACGGUCCCAAGACGCGCAUUGUGGCAAAAAUUGGAAAAGACAAAUAUAGACCUCCUUUUAUUAUUUCUCAUCAAAACCCUAUAUACUGACAUAUUGAUACAAGUAAAGGUGGAUCUGGCUGGCCAUCUCACCACUAGUAUUAAGACCAUUACUGGAGUCAAACAGGGAUGCAUUUUGGCGCCUUUCCUGUUUAAUUUUUAUGUUAAUGACAUGGUUAGAGAACUGGAGGGCCUACAGUUUGCCCCUGUCACAAUUCUCUCGAUAUGCUCGGCUUCAUUCCUUGCAAUCUUAACAGAGUGUUCUGGCAUCUGAAUGCAAAACAACAACAAAACCUCUUUUACUUGUUCAAGGCAAUACCUAAAGGGCUUGUACCUAAGCGAUAGCUCUGUGUGUGUGUGUGUGUGUGUGUGUGUGUGUGUGUGUGUGUCUAUUUAGUGGUAGCAUAAAAACGAAUCCCUGCCCUGGGAUUCCAUUUUUCAAGCGCAAUCCAGGAAGAUGAGCUGCAGGCUGCCAAGCUCGAAAAGUGUUUCAAGAGAACUGAUUGCCUUUAUUUAUAGGAGGACAAGGGGUUCAUUUCUACCAGGCUGGUCGUUGGUUUGCCGCUGCCCUAUUAAGCCCGCCGUAUGGCUAACAACCGCUCUGUGAUACUCACUGCCCAGAUUCGUUUUGAUAGCCUCCUGUAAUGCUUUUUGCAGCCCGGCUUUCAGAGGAGAUCAAUUAGGCAGCUCCAGGCUCCACCUAGUGUUCAGUCACUGUGCCUGGCUGGCUCCCCAAAACAGCCGCCUUUGUCUACUAUAUUCCAUCCUUUCAACCCAGUGCCCUCCAGAUGUUUCAGACUCCCAUUACUGGGGCUGAUGGGAGUUACAGGCCAAAAUAUCUGGAGGGCAUAUCAGGUGGCAGGGUAGAGGCUGGUAUAUUCACUUGACAUACCUUCAGCUAUCUUUGAAUCUUCAUCAUGCUCAUUUAUCUCUCGUAUUUAUAGGUAUCAUUUUAGCACCGUCGGUCCUGGAAGCUUUUUUUCCUCCCAGAAUGCCCCAGGUUCUUAGCAGAAACGCUCCGUACUGAUGACAAUGUUUUGCCUCUUCUUGCAGGGAUUCUUCAGAGAGGAUGUUGGCCCCGAAGAAGUGGCGGAACCAGUGGAACCAGUCAGUGCUAAGAAGCCAAAACCAAAGGUGAAUGUAAUAUGAUCCGUAUCUCUGUCUUGAGAGCCAAUGUGGUGUACUGGUCAGAGUGCUGGGUUCAAAUCCCCACUUGGCCAUUAAGCUCACCGGGUGACCAUGGGCCAGGGCCUGCCUCUCUCAGCCUCACCUACUGGACAGGGUUGUUCUGAAGUUAAAAUAGGGUGGAGGAGAACCAUGCAUGCCACUUUGAGCUCCUUGCAGGAAAAAAGUGGGAUAGAUGUGCAAUAAAUGCAUAAUAAAUCAAUAUAAAGGUAAACAUUAGGUCCAGUCGUGGCCGACUCUGGGGUUGCGGUGCUCAUCUCGCUUUAUUGGCCGAGGGAGCCGGCAUACAGCUUCUAGGUCAUGUGGCCAGCAUGACUAAGCCGCUUCUGGCGAACCAGAGCAGCGCACGGAAACGCCAUUUACCUUCCUGCCGGAGCGGUACCUAUUUAUCUACUUGCACUUUGACGUGCUUUCGAACUGCUAGGUUGGCAGGAGCAGGGAAUGAACAACUGGAGCUCACCCCGUUGCGGGGAUUCGAACUGCCGACCUUCUGAUCGGCAAGUCCUAGGCUCUGUGGUUUAACCUACAGCGCCACCCGCAUCCCAAUAAAUCAAUGUAUCGGUUCCCAAAUGGAGAAGCGGCCCCACCUAGGGAAACACCAAAUAUUAGCAGGGAAGUGGUGAGCGUUUUGGCUGAGGGCAGAUUUCACUGGUGCACAGCUUGGAUAUAAUUUAUCGUGGGAUGCACACUCAGACAGGACAGGGUGCAUACCCACAAGUGUGUGUUCGUGCCAUACACACACACACACACACACACACACACACACUUCGUUUCUCACAUUCACAUGACCGUCAGUAUUGAUUUAUUAAUUGCCUUCUAAGCCACUGCUUUAAGGCGAUUUACACAUAAGAUCAUUAGAAACACAAAAACCAGCAAUGCAUUUGAAGCAAGAUGAAAACUCCAGUGAGUGGACAUUUGUGCUAAAGUCCUGUUUAUCCAGCUAGGAAAUGAAGCAGAAAUGCCUCCGCUUGUUUCUGGAAGAUGUAAUUUAGUUAGGGUGUGCCUGUCAUAUCUCAACAAGGAUGCUGUUCCACAAAACAAGGGCAGCCACACUGAAAGCCCUGCUCCAAGUUAUUGCAGAGCAAGCUUCUGUGAUCUUUGGAACUUGCAAGAGAUCUCCUGGUGUCAGGCGGCAGAGGAUCCAACCCCCACGGCAGGUUGCCAGGAACGGAUAAGAAGGAAAAAUUCUUACCAACUGCUUUUUAUUCAAUAUUCACAGAGAGAGGCUUGGGAAUGCAGCCUCUUGGAAUAAUGGCGUUGCCCUGAGUGAGUCUCCGCCCCUCCCUCUCUCAUGUGUCAUCACUACAAGUGCUGAAAAAUGCCCUCUGCCUUUGAGCUCUUUGCUCUCCUACUUUCAAUGCUCACCAGGUUCUGGGAGAGGUGGGGUCUGGAAUGCUUUCUAAAGACACUGAGCCCGUCAGCUGUCCCCUCUCUGGUGCUUCUUCUUCCUGCUCUCCCAUUCUUUCCCAGAUUUUUCCCUCAUCUGCCUCUGAGCUGUGAUCUCCCUCAAACCCCUGUUGUAAUUCCAAACUGUCUUCUUCUCUGGAAGGGUCAGGAUGGGGAGACAGUCUCCACCAUUCCUCCUCUGCCCAGUCCCUAACACCUGGGGGUAUAAAGGAUAAGGCAGUCCCUCAACUAGCCUGUGAUUUGAGGUUUAGACCUAAUGCCACCAAGUGUAUCACACAGCCACAGUUGCCAGGGAGCCAUGAUGGGUUGCCAAUAGAGAUCUCAGAGAUUACGGGUUUCCCAAAGGCCUCUGGUUGGGUACCCGUGAGAAUGGAACAGUGGGCUAGGUGCUCCUUUGGCCUGAUCCAGCAAAGGUUCUUCUAACAUUACGUUCCAUGUCUGCAGGAACCUGAGAAGAAGCUCCUGCCUUUUAGAAACUUAGAAAAGGACCUGAGGACCCUCCAUAAAGACCUUGCACACACAAGGUAGGAAGGAUGGCGUGAUACCGUACGUCAACGUCUAGCAAAAUUGUUGAUCUGUAGUUGCAAACGCAGGAAUCCCUGCACUCUACUCUUGGUUUCUGAGCUCAUUCCCAGAAGUAGGUGAUGUGCUUUAUCACCCUUGUACUAGCCACAGGUUUUGAACCUGACUUUUCACCCUCUUAUCAGAGAUAUUGGGCGGCAUCCGUCUAAAUAGAUCUGCCAGCACAAGGAUUUCUGCUUGAGCAACAGAGCUGCCCUGCCUUCUCUUGCGCCUCAAAUCUGCUUUGGAGGGUUGAGGAACCCUCCAGAAUAGAUUUAGGAGUGUAGGAAGCUGCCUGAAACCAACUCAGGCCACUUGUCUCUUCCAGUCCUACCUGGAGAUGCCAAGGACUGAACCUGGGACCUCCCUGCAUGCAAGGCAGAUGCUCUACCUCUGAGCUACAGCCCUUCACUAUACUAUGUCAGAUCAUUGGUCCAUCCAGCUCAGAACUGUCCUCCCUGACUGGCAGUGGCUCUCCAGGGUUUCAGGCAGGGGGUCUCUCUCAGUCCUACCUGGAGAUGUUGCAACUUUCUUCAUGCAAAGAAGAUUCUCUGCAGUUGGUUGAUGGACACACACUCCCCCCGCACAAUGAGCCAUGGCACUACCAUUUAGGGGGAACACAGGGAGAGGAGAGGGAGUUCCCUUGUGUAGCCAAAAGUCCUUGUGCUAGUGGAUAGCUCAGUUGGUUAGAGCGUGGUGCUGAUGGCUCCAAGGUUGUAGGUUCGAUCCUCAUAUGGGACAGCUGCCUAUUCCUACAUUGCAGGGAGUUGGACCAGACGAUCCUCAGGGUCCCUUCUGACCCUACAGUUCUAUGAUUCUAUAGUGGCUCUAUUUAGUUAGAUGCAGCCCAUUGAGUUGUAUUGAGUGUUUGUCAUACUGAUCCACUGAGACUAAAAGGCAUAACUAACUUAGGCCCAUUGAUAUCAGUAGGUCUAGUCUCACUAGAAUUUACCUGGAUGCAAGCUUAAUCUCUGAGAUGUCCUCAAACUAUAGCAGCAUUCUGGACUAGAUGGGCCAUUGGCUCCUCUUAUGUUCUUAAGCACUUAUAAUAGGGACGCAGGUGGCCCUGUGGUCUAAACCACUGAGCCUCUUGGGCUUGCCGAUCGGAAGGUCGGCGGUUCAAAUCCCUGUGACAGGGUGAGCUCCCAUUGCUCUGUCCCAGGUUCUGCCAACCUAGCGGUUCGAAAGCAUGUGAAAAAGUGCAAGUAGAUAAAUAGGGACCGCUGUGGUGGGAAGGUAAAUGACAUUUCCAUGCACUCUGGUUUCCGUCACGGUGUCCCAUUGUGCCAGAAGCGGUUUAGUCCUGCUGGCCACAUGACCUGGAAAGCUGUCUGUGGACAAACGCCAGCUCCCUUUGCCUAAAAGCAAGAUGAGCACUGCAACCCCAUUGUCGCCUUUGCCUGGACUUAACUGUCCAGUGGUCCAUUACCUUUUUACCUUUAUAUUGGUGGGAAUUUAAUAUACCAUCAUAGAUUCGUAGAGUUGGGACCAUCUUGUCCAGCAGCCCUGCAACGCGUUCCACCGAAUGUGGGGCUUGACCCACGACCCUGAGAUUAAGAGACUCAGGUGCUACCGACUGAUGUUCAGACUUAUGCACAGGUGGCAAAACAGACCAUCUCAUGUUCUUAUUUGGCUGGUGCAUGCAUUGGUUUCUAAAGCAGAGAAAUGCCAGUUAAGGGGGGUGGGGAGUCACAAAUGAAGUAGCCUCCAGCGACGACACUUUAAAAUUGAGCAGAGGUGGCUGGAACUGAUGGAAAUUUCCAUUUGUAUGCUCGUUGCAUGUGAUUGCUCCUUUGGUCUUCAUAUACUCAUUAAUUUGAAUAUCAGACUUUUGCAGCAAGAACAUCAGCGGUGGGUACAAAUGCCAUGAUUUACCGCUUGCAGGGUUUAGCAACAGACCAAUGCAAAAUGAACGCUGACAAACGAUCGCUGCCAACCGCAGAAGGGCACAUACAUCCCCAAACUCACAUUCUCAUCCAGAGUAGCAUCUUUCAAAAGCAGUUCCGCAGAGAACAGACAGUAAACAACAGAAAGGAGGCAGGUGCUAGUUAAUCUUAGGGCAGUUGUGCCCAGGCAAUUUGCCCUAAUUCUUUUGGCUGGCUAUUUCAGGUCUCCCUUGCACUAGAUUUCCUCAAGACAUCAGAUGAGGCAGGAGAAGUACACGUACCGUAUUUUUCGCUCUAUAGGAUACACUUUUCCCCCUCCAAAAAUGAAGGGGAAAUGUGUAUGCGUCCUAUGGAGCGAAUGCAGGCUUUCGCUUUCGCUCUCCAGGCUUCAGGCAGCUAUCCGCAAGCCUUUGGAGCGCAGCGGGAGUUCCCGCUGCACUCAGAAGCCUUGUGGAUAGCUGCCUGUUCUGGAGGCUGGGGUCGGGGGAAGCUCGGGCUUCCAGGAGCAGCGGCGAGGUUGCAAGCUCCAGGAGCAGUGGCGAGCGCUUGCCGCCGCUCUUGGACCUGUUCUGGGGGCUGGGGUCGGGGAAAGCUCGGGCUUCCUCCAUCCCCAGCCCCACAAGUUCCGGGAGCGGCAGCGAGGUUGCGCACAAUCUUGCCACCGCUCCUGGACCUGUUCUGGGGGCUGAGGUCGGGGGAAGCUCGGGCUUCCCCCGCCCCAGCCCCGCGGCUAAAAACGGAGCCAAGACAGCGAGCGGGAUCCAUCCCGCUUGGUGUCUUGGCUUCUGCCAAAGCCGCGCGCAGCCUCUCCCGGCUGGAGAGGUUGCGCGUGGCUAAAGAGGAAGCCAAGACAGCCAGCGGCAUGGAUCCCGCUCGCUAUCUUGGCUUCUUUGCUCUCUUUUUUUUUUGCUUCUUUUUCUUUAUUUCCCCCCCAAAAAACUAGGUGCGCCCUAUGGUCCGGUGCGCCCUAUGGAGCGAAAAAUACGGUAUUCUGAGCACUGGGGAGAUCAGGAACAGAACUAUGUUAUCUUUGAGCAAGAAGAUAGGAGAAGCAGCUGGGUGACUGGGCUUUUGCAGAAAGCAUUGUUAUUACAAACAUCGGAUGAGACCUUGGUGGUGGUAUCGCCACUGGGGGCUGCCUUGUUGGUGUUGACCUAGGGCAGGGCCUUUUCAGUGGUGAUUCCCCAGUUGCAGAAUGGCUUCCCCAUGUGAGGUGUGCCCAUCUCCAUCAUGAUCAGCUUUCAGGAGGAAUAUGAAAACAAUCCUGUUUACACAGGCAUUUAGUGACUGAAGAAUACUGUUCCUGGCAACCCUGAGAUCAUUGGCCAGAAUAAUGUCUUUAGUUAUAAUUCUUUUUUGUAAUGUUUGAAUCUGUUUUAGAAUGUUUUUGCUUCAUUUUUAUCUCCACAUUACCUGUUUGCCACCCUGAGCUCCUUGAGGACCAAGGACAGGGUACAGAUUCAAUCCCAACAAAUAAUAACUCUAUUUUGAUUAAUUCCUUAAUUCCUUACCUUUGCCUUGAGGCAGUUUCCAAACGUCCCAUGAAAAAUGCUAAAAACAGUUUUGAAAGCUGUACAGAAAUCCAGCUGAAGAUAUACAUUAAAAAACAAUGCAAAAAAGGAGUACCUAAGGCAGAGACCUUUUCAUCCUGCUGGAAAAUCUUGUCGGAACGAAAAGGUCUCCAGUUGUUUCCUGAAAGUAAUGUUUCCUGAUGUGAAGAGGUCUCUUUUACCAGCAACCGUUGGUUCCUAUACAAGGAAGCAAAUUCUUCCAUUUUCCGAUGACAAAUGAAAGCUAGAAAUGUCAGCUUCCCUAAAGAGGCAGAUCCCAGGCAGGUAAACAACAACAAUUGUUACCGUAUUUUUCGCCCUAUAGGGUGCACCGGCCCAUAGGGCGCACCUAGUUUUUUGGGGGGGAGAAUAAAGAAAAAAAAUUAUUUUCCCCCCAGGCACGGGGCCGACCCCAGCCCCCAGAAAAGGCUGCUAUCCGCAAGCCUUGGGAGCCCGGCGGGAAGUCGUGCCGGGCUCCCAAGGCUGGCGGAGAGCUGCCCGAAGCCUGGAGAGCAAGAGGGGCCCUUCAUUUUUGGAGGGGAAAAAGUGCGUCCUAUAGGGCGAAAAAUACGGUAAUUACAUUUGCAUCCCACCUUUCCUCCAAGGAGCUCAAUCAAGGUGUGUGGGGGGGCAAUAGUUCUCCUCACCAUUUCAUCCUUACAACAACCCUGUGAGGUAGGUGAGCCUGAGAGUGAGUGCCUGACUCCAAGGUCACUCAGUGAGCUUCAUGACCAGGGGUAGGCAAACUAAAGCCCGGGGGCCGGAUCUGGCCCAAUCGCCUUCUCAAUCCGGCCCACGGACGGUCCAGGAAUCAGCGUGUUUUUACAUGAGUAGAAUGUGUCCUUUUAUUUAAAAUGCAUCUCUGGGUUAUUUGUGGGGUCUGCCUGGUGUUUUUACACGAGUAGAAUGUGUGUUUUGAUUUAAAAUGCAUCUCUGGGUUAUUUGUGGGGCCUGUCUGGUAUUCUUACAUGAGUAGAAUGUGUGCUUUUACCGGUAUUUAAAAUGCAUCUCUGGGUUAUUUGUGGGGCAUAGGAAUUCAUUUUUUUUCCCUUCAAAAUAUAGUCUGCCCCCUCCCCCCCGCCCAAGGUCUGAGAGACAGUGGACCGGCCUGCUGCUGAAAAAGUUUGCUGACCCCUGUAAUAGGACCGAGUGGGGAACUGAACCCUGGUCUCCCAGGUCCUAGUCCAACGCUCUAACCACUGCACCACCUUGGGCACGUCAAUGCCACUUCUGACUCGGUCCAUCAUCAAUAGUGUUCUGGGGAGCGAGGAGACGACCCCUGAACUUGGCUCUGCUGGCUUUGACCAAUAAGGUUUUUGGUCCAAAACAUCUGAAAAGGUGCUGAGGUCAAUGUAACCCAAUCCCUACACUGUGGAUUUGACAGUGACACACAUCUCAGCUCCCGGGAUGAAUCACAGGUAAUUAAACUGAAAUGUCACUGAAGACUGAGGCCGUUGAAAUUGCCUUUAAAAGCUUUAUUAACACAACCCGCAACAUUAUAAAGUAACUGCAAAAAAAAGAGAUAGAAAAAUGUCAGCUAUAGACGUAGCACAGGAUGAACCCAGUUAGCACAAUGUGCACAAAGAAAUGGAAUCCAAAUUCCAGUGAGCAAAGAGGAGUGGCUUGCCUAGAUUAAUGUGGAGAAAGCAAGCAAGAGCAGGAUGCAAUCCUAACACUCUCAGAAGUAAGUCCCAAUGAGUUCAAUGGGGCUGACUCCCCUAGUAAGUAGGUUUAGGGCUUGUUAUAAGAAUUCUAAGGUCUCAAAUUUAAAUUAAAUGUUCAUAAAUGUACAAGGCAAACACAUACAUAAGUAUAUAAACCACGUGUCUGAAAUAGUAUAGGAGAGCAAUCCUGAAGCCGUUUUGACUCUCCCAAAUUGACCUCAAAUAUUUCUCUGCAAGGAGGAAGGAAAUGGGAAACCCUCCCCCAUGGUCUUUUGCUUACAAAUCCUGUCUCAAGGGUGUAUUUGUGUAUGAAUAGAGUGAGCCUGUGACCUGGGACUCAGGAACUAAAGUAUUAACCGUCACAACAGAAUGGCCAGGCUGCCCAGGUAAUGCAAUCAGUGACCAUUACUCAGUUAUCCUUGCAGACAGGAUUUCUGCUGUAGACCGCCUUCUUCUGUGAUGUAUGUAUGAUAUUUUAGGGGGGUGGUAUUGGGCUACAAGGUGGGCCAUUUCAAGAGUCUGUAUGAGGGCUUGCACACCAUUGUUCUGGGUUCUCCUCCCUCCUGUGUGUGGUGAGUGGAGACCCUGUUGCAACAGUUUAAUAAAGAACAGGCUUACUAGCCGCUUUGCUUCUCAAUAUACUCUGGUUGGCUUCUGUUAUUCUGUAGCUCAAGACCACCCCCCAAAACAUCAUACAUACAUCACAAGGGGGCAGACUACAACAGAAAUCCUGUCUGGCAGGAUACUGAUAAUGGUCACUUGAUUGCUUUACCUGGGCAGCCUGGCCAUUCCUUUUGAGAUGCUAAAUACUUAGUUCCUGAAUCCAGGUCACAGGCUCACCCAAUUCAUGCACAACCUUAAGACAGGAUUAGAGCAAAGAAACAAUGGGGAGGCUUUCCCAUUUCCUUCCUCACUGCAGAGAAUAUUUGAGGUCACUGGAAGAGUCAAAAUGGCUUCAGGAUUGCUCUCCUGUACUAUUUCAGACAGGGAUGCAGGUGGCGCUGUGAGUUAAAUCACGGAGCCUAGGGCUUGCCAAUCAGAAGGUCAGUGGUUCGAAUCCCCGCGACAGGGUGAGCUCCCGUUGCUCAGUCCCAGCUCCUGCCCACCUAGCAGUUCGAAAGCACGUCAAAGUGCAAGUAGAUAAAUAGGUAACGCUCUGGCGGGAAGGUAAACAGCGUUUCCGUGCGCUGCUCUGGUUUGCCAGAAGUGGCUUAGUCAUGCUGGCCACAUGACCCGGAAGCUGUACAUUGGCUCCCUCGGCCUGUAAAGCAAGAUGAGCGCCACAACCCCAGAGUCGGUCACGACUGGACCUAAUGGUCAGGGGUCCCUUUACCUUUACUAUUUCAGACACAUGGUUUAUAUACUUAUGUAUGUAUUUGCCUUGUAGAUUUAUGAACAUAUGAUUUAUAUAUAUGAGACCUUAGAAUUCCUAUAACAGCAGCAUCACAGAUAAGGCACUCAAAAUGCAGAGAGUCAAAUUGCAGGAUUCCCAGGCAUGGACCUGUGCCAAGCUGUUAACACUGGUAUUCUGCCAGGCCUCAACUCCCUCUUCUUUCUUUCUUUCUUUCUUUCUUUCUUCUAUUCCUGUUCAGCCCACUGCUUUUCAGCCUCGGCUGUUGUAAGCCCCUGUUCGUACUCUCCCAAUUCCCUCCUCUCCCAACGCCAGCAAAUCAGCCGGAGCAGAUCAGGCUGUCGGUGUGGCCGUGAUCGUGGCCAGAGAUACGAUGAGCACCUGCAGGACAGAGAGAAAGAGAGAAAUUGUGCCGCCGCUUGGGGACUUUGGCAUUACCUGCCAGUGCUAGACUUCCUCUGCAGCUAAUGCCUGGUAAUGCCAGUUGCUUGGAAACAGGUGCUCUGUUGCCUCGUAUCCUAGGCUUCUUCCCUUUUUUCGCCAUUUGGCAGCCAGCGCUCUAAUUGGCAUGCUUCUUGCGUGGUCACGGCUGGAGGUUUGCAAAAUUCUGUUCCAGAAAGAAAGAGGGGAGAAAGAGAGUGGAUCUGCGUUUGGGGGGUGGGGAGAGACUUUCUUUCUCCAUGAAUGACAGCUCACGUUAAUUAGACAGCAGACAUGAGCAGACAGGGAGCAGAGUGUCUGGAUGGGUGGAAUAUUACCUACGCCAUCAGUCAUGAAAGGAAAGCGCUAUUUUCUGGGCCCAGCAACAGCACUGCCUCUCCCAGUUCUGCACCCGCGACGCAGUUUGCCCUGGAGUGGAACUCUGUAAAGAACAUAAGAACAUGGGGGAAUCCUGCAGGAUUAGGCCAAUGGCCCAUCUAGUCCAGCAUCCUGUUCUCACAGUGCUGACUCUAUACUUGUUGGCAUUGUCUUGUGAGACAAUGGAGUGCGCCUAUGGGGGUGAAGCCAAACUGCUGCGAUAGCUGCACCAAAGUGCAAGCCUGGGCAGUGUGUAUGGUGGUUCUGGGGAUGCCCAGAUGUGGUGGUCGCUAAGUGUGGAACUCCCUGCCCUUGGAGGUGAGUCUGACAUCUUCAUUAUACUGUUUCUGGUGAGUGCUGAUAAGACACUUCUUUACCUAGGCACUUGAGGUGUGUUAUUUUGCUAUUGCGUGUCAAGACCCCGCAGCCCCCCCCCCGGUUGGAAAUAACUCACACAAGGACACAGAUAUUAGGUUUAUGUUGUUGGGCAAAUUUGGCCACAACUUUAUUGAAUUACAGAAUGUGAGCGGUAUUGGCUUAGACAUUGAUUGGACCCGACUAUAUCUGACUCCUGGCUGAUGUGCAGGAAGUCCGGUAAGGGUAAACCUACUGGUAGGGGGAGCCCUGUCGAUGCGUACCAACUCGAGCUCCCCCUGGUGUUCCUGUUGGGGUCGUGUCAUGGCCCUAGCCCCCGACCCGGGCUUCAGACAAGAUCCACACCCCCAGAUUCCUUUAACGGAAUACUCUUAAGCAUGGAGGGGCAGGUGAUGGCCACACCUCCCCUCCCCACACAAGGUCAAACAAUGCCUAACCGCAACCCUAACAAAGUUGUGACGAUUGCUAUGAGGUAGGUGAAAACCAAGUGGCCAUUGCCAACUUGCCAAGUGGAAAAAUUCCUACCAGGCCCCUCGGACAGCCAAGGCGACCAACCGAAGGCCAUAGCAAGGCCAGUGCCUAAACUGCAAAUAGGGAGGGAGGGCGGGUGAUUGAGGAAGCGAGCCAAGAGGAAGUCCUCUGGCUCGCUCCUUGGUUUAAACUGCCCUGGAUACGUCGUGUCCCCCCCCCCCGGGCCAGCGGAUUGGCCGUCCGGGCUCUGACGUGGCCGGGAUCCCCCGGGCAACGGGGGACAAAGUCCCCCGCCCCAAGUGGGGAGUGGGUAGCCACGCCGCCCACUGCAACUCCUCCUCACUGGGAAGUGGAGCGGAUUUGUCAGAUAUUUAAACCUGUUCUUAAUACUGUGUUUUACUAUUGCAACCUGCUCUGGGACCUCUGGGCAAAGUACGGGUCAAUAAUAAGAAUAAUAAUAAUAGUCGGAUCGUACCCUUUGAUAAGUAUGUUUUCACUCCUGCUUCAAAGAAAUGCAUCUGGCCUAUUCAAGCUUGACUCCUUUGUUAUUCCGUGUUACAAAUUUACAAAUAGAUCAGCGGGGCGGUCGGACGUUUUAAGAUAAUUAUACGCACAUGAUGUUGUAUUAAGCAUGAAAGCGAGCACCUCGUCAGCUUGCCAUCCACCUGGUUUGCUGCCAGGUCAUUUUUAUUUUGGUACAGUACGAGCCUGACCUUUAUCUAUAUUAAUUUAAUCCUAUAAAGGAGCCGGAGUAUUCCGACGAAAAUGAUUAGCACUCAAAAAGGCGGCGGAGGGGUGGGGGGGAGAAGCUCUCUCAAUUUUCCCAGUGACGAAGUUAUUAGUUUACAAGAAAGGCAUGGCCUUUGUCGGCAAGGUGGCGGAAAAUCCGUGUUGUGACUUCCAGCCGGCUGGAGCUCAAUUACUGUAAUAAAUGCAUUCCAAAGUUCAUCUCAAAUGCAUUUGCAUUUUAAUGAAUGAUUCUUACCUCCUCGUCAAGUUGGCGGCAGAGGCUAAUUUUAUUAAGUUGCUGCAUAAAUACGAUGCUUUUGAAACGAGGAUUUAAAUGGAAAGGUAUUUGCUUUGCCCCCUCCCCACCCCUUGUGUGAAAAUGACUAGCCCUUGUUUGUGCCACCUGCCAGGGACAGCGCAGAAUGUGUGUGUGUGUGUGUUGAGAGAUAGAGAGAGCUGUCAGAACAUAAUGCUUGCCUGGUGGAGACAGGGUAGAAAUUCAGUUCAGUUCUGAUUUGCAGUUUCUGAAACAAUAUGUGAACUGAAACAGAGUCAUCGUUCAAAAUUCAUGGUUGCAGUCACCGUCGCAGCAGCACCCUUCCUGUCUGGAUGCAACUGCUGAAGUUUAAAGAACAAGCAAAGCAAAAUUGCAUGGAACGGUAUACAUGUAUUUGGAGAAAACGACCCUUAAAUGCUGCAGAAUUUCGAUGAGGCUUUUUAAAAACAAAACCAAAAAACAUCAGAAACUGCUAUGGGAUUAUGGAGAACUAAACUUAAAAGAUUGGAAGUGGUGUGUGAAAUGGAGAGCUUCCAUACAGUUGGGAGACUCAGGACAGAUAAAUGAAAGUAUUUCUUUAUUCAACGCAUAGUUGAACUAUGGAACUCACUCCAGCAGGAGGGAGGCGUGGCCAACCAACUUAAAGGUAAAGGUAAAGGGCCACUAGGUCCAUUCGUGGCCAACUCUGGGGUUGCGGCACUCAUCUCGCUCUAUUGGCCUAGGGAGCCGGCGUACAGCUUCCAGGUCAUGUGGCCAGCAUGACUAAGCCGUUUCUGGUGAACCAGAGCAGCACACGGAAAUGCCGUUUACCUUCCCACCGGAGCGGUACCUAUUUAUCUACAUGCACUUUGACGUGCUUUCAAACUGCUAGGUUGGCAGGAGCAGGGACCGAGCAAUGGGAGCUCACCCCGUUGCGGGGAUUCGUACCGCCGACCUUCUGAUCAGCAAGUCUUAGGCUCUGUGGUUUAACCCACAGCACCACCUGCAUCCCUUAGAUGGCUUUAAAAAGCGAUUGGACAAAUUCAGGGAGGGCAGGGCUCUCAUUGGCUGUUAGCCACAAUGACUGUGUUGUACCUCCGCUGUCAGAGGCAUACAUUACUAGGGUUGCCAUAUUUCAUAGAAUCAUAGAAUCAUAGAGUUGGAAGAGGCCAUCAAGUCCAACCCCCUGCCAAGCAGGAAACACCAUCAGAGCACUCCUGACAUAUGGUUGUCAAGCCUCUGCUUAAAGACCUCCAAAGAAGGAGACUCCACCACACUCCUUGGCAGCAAAUUCCACUGUCGAACAGCUCUUACUGUCAGGAAGUUCUUCCUAAUGUUUAGGUGGAAUCUUCUUUCUUGUAGUUUGGAUCCAUUGCUCCGUGUCCGCUUCUCUGGAGCAGCAGAAAACAACCUUUCUCCCUCCUCUAUGUGACAUCCUUUUAUAUAUUUGAACAUGGCUAUCAUAUCACCCCUUAACCUCCUCUUCUCCAGGCUAAACAUGCCCAGCUCCCUUAGCCGUUCCUCAUAAGGCAUCGUUUCCAGGCCUUUGACCAUUUGGGUUGCCCUCCUCUGGACACGUUCCAGUUUGUCAGUGUCCUUCUUGAACUGUGGUGCCCAGAACUGGACACAGUACUCCAGGUGAGGUCUGACCAGAGCAGAAUACAGUGGCACUAUUACUUCCCUUGAUCUAGAUGCUAUACUCCUAUUGAUGCAGCCCAGAAUUGCAUUGGCUUUUUUAGCUGCCGCAUCACACUGUUGGCUCAUUUCAAGUUUGUGGUCGACCAAGACUCCUAGAUCCUUUUCACAUGUACUGCUCUCAAGCCAGGUGUCACCCAUCUUGUAUUUGUGCCUCUCAUUUUUUUUUUUGCCCAAGUGCAAUACUUUACAUUUCUCCCUGUUAAAAUUCAUCUUGUUUGUUUUUGCCCAGUUCUCUAAUCUGUCAAGGUCGUUUUGAAGUGUGAUCCUGUCCUCUGGGGUGUUGGCCACCCCUCCCAGUUUGGUGUCAUCUGCAAAUUUGAUCAGGAUGCCCUUGAGUCCAUCAUCCAAGUCGUUGAUAAAGAUGUUGAAUAAGACCGGGCCCAAGACAGAACCCUGUGGCACCCCACUAGUCACUCUUCCAAAAGUGAAAAUCCAGACACAAAAAUUGUUGGGCUUUUGCAGAAUCUGAAAAAGAAGUCUUGUAGUAAGGUUAAAGCUUACUGGGAAUGAUAUAUAAUGAAUUGAAAAAGAUGUUUAAAAUAACAUAAAAAACAACAACCCCAGAAGCUUUCUUUUUGGUAGUUAUAGGAAAAACUGAAACUGUAUAGAAUCUUAUUCAUGUAUGCGACUACAGCAGCAAGAAUGUUACUUGUCCAAAAAUGGGAAGAAGAAGAAGUCCCAGGAAUGGAUACAAAAACAUAUGGAAUAUGCAGAAAUGGCAAAACUUACUGGAAAAAUAAGAAAUCAAGAUAACAGACUUUUCAUAAAAGCAUGUAAAUGGUUUAUUAGAUAUUUACAAACAAAUUGUAAACAGAUAAGAACAUUGGCAGGAUUAUUUUAAUAACCUGCAGUUUUGUAAGAGUAUAUAUUUAAAGCAGGUGAAUAAAUGAACAAAUUAAGUUAAUUGCAGAAAAUAUUAAAAAUAAAUUUAAGGAACAGCAGAAAGAGGGGGAAGGAAGUCAAGUUUUGAAAUGUUAAAACGACAGUAAAAUUAUUGAAAUGUAUAAACCUGAAAAUCAUAAAUAAAAUAUUUUUUAAAAAAAUGAAAAAAAGAAGUUUUUGAGCUUUUUUAAAGGAAAUUUGCCAAAAUCUAUACAUUCCAACAUGGGUUCCCAUAUGUCAGGAAUUCCACAGACAUUACAGGCAGACGGCGAAUCACCUUGAGAUUCAGAAGUGCCAUUUGUUAAGUGUCUAGUAGCCUUCGAGGAGUUUUAAUGCAUUGCUAGGAAGGAAGAGGGUGUUCUGAACCCGGUUGCAGCCAUUACUUUAGGAGGUACGCGCAGUGUUUCGGGAGAUGGAUGGGCUUGUCUGAUUCGGACAGGGUAGAAAUAUGUUUUGCACGCGGACUGCAGAACAACUUGUCGUGAUGUAUCCAUUUUGCUGGCAGUGAGCGCUUUGCGUUGUCUGUCUCGUCUGUCAUCCGACAAAAGUCUUCUUUUAAAAAUAGGUGGCGGGGGGGGGGGGAGGAGAGAGACGAAAGAAAUCUUCUGCUGCAGUCUCAUAGCCAAUGCAAAAUUCAACUGUCUUCGUCUCUCUCUGAACCACAAGCCUUUAUUUGCCUAGAAUCUGGAUGAGGUCUUCUCCCCUUAUAUGUCACAUAUAUAUUUAUUAAAUAUGUGAACACCAGCCUAAUAGGGGCACAAAUGCGUCUUACGAUGGAAGCCACUGUUACAUAGUCAUCUUAGCUCAAUUGCUUUUUAACUGUUAUAUUUUAUAGGUUUUUAGCUUUUUGUGUUUGUUUUAUUUUUUUGUGAGCUGCCUUCAGUCCCAGUUCUGCAGAAAAGGUGGGAUAUAAAUAAAUCGUGGUGAAGGGAUAGCUCAGUCGGUAGAGCAUGAGACUCUAAAUCUCAGGGUUGUGAGUUCGAAACCCACGUUGGGCAAAAGAUUCCUGUAUUGCAGGGGGUUCAACUAGAUGACCCUCAUGGUCCCUUACAAUUCUAUGAUCCUAUGAUGGUGACGAUGAUGAUAUACCAGUGUGGUGUUGUGGUUAGAGUGUUGGACUAGGACCUGGGAAACCAUGGUUCAAUUUCUCACUCGACCAUGAACUUCCCUGUGUGAUCUUGGGCCAGUCACUGCCUCUCAGUCUAACCUACCUUACAGGGAUGUUGUGGGGAUUAAAUGAGGAAGGGAGAGAAGAACAUUUCCCACCUUAAGCUCCUUUGAAGAAAAGGACAGAAAUGCAAUGAGGAAAUCAUCAUCAUCAUCAUCAUCAUCAUCUGUAUUGCAGGGGUUGGACUUGAUGAACCUCACAAUCCCUUCCAACUCUAUCAUUUUCUCAUUAUAUAUGUGUGUGUGUGUAAUAUUUUUGUUGUUGUUUUUUGUUUUUUGUUUUUAUAAUUCCUUUUCCCAUCACCAUCCACCACCCCUCACCCCACCUUUGUGUUAGACUUCCAAUCUACUCAAUUGCAAUUUCUUUCCACUUCUAUUACUUUCUUUCACACACCUUUAACCUAAUUUCAUGCUUCUUUUUCUAUUACACAUUGUUAUCCAUCUUAUUUAAUAUUUCAGUAUUUAAAACGGAACUUGUUUAUUCUAACAGGAGUUCUGAUUUUUCAAUAUGGUUUUGCAAGUAUCCUUUAAACACCUUCCAAUCCCUGUCUAUCUUCUCUUUUGAGAUCCUUCCAAUUUCUCCCAUUGUUUUGGAUAUAUUGUAGUACUCCAAUAAUUUGGCAAGCCACUCUAUUUUUGUUGGUAUAAUACCACUUUCCCAAUUUUUCGCAGUAGCCUUGCAGCUACUGUUGUGUACAAAUAUAAUGUCUUGUAUAAUAUUUUUGUUUUACAAUUUUGUUUUACUCAUUUUUGUAUCCUUAAGAUAUCAAUGACUUCCCUUCUUCUCACUCCAUGGUUCAUUUUACAUAUCAUAAAAUGCUGCAUAUCUUACAAAAAACGAUACCAUUCACUAUUCCACUAUUACAUCCCUCAAAACUUAUUUACACUGUUGAAUUUAUCUUAAACGCUGCGAGCGUUUUCAGCUGUACGACUCUGUGGUUUUCUCUAUGAUUCUAUGAUGAGUAAUGGACCUCAAAGCAGUUUACAAAAAGAGUUAAGAUUAAAUUAUCAUUCUAAAACAAACAGACAAACGAACAGUUCAGCACAGCGAUUAAAAACCUUCAGAAAAUAAUUAAAUUUGGCAAUGACCAAAAAUAAUCAAAUCCAGCAUUUUCAGAUUAAAACACAUGGAAACUUUCAAUAUGCGUAGGCUUUGCCUAAGCGAUAAUGUUUUUGCCAGGCGCCAGAAAGAGCAGACUGAAGGAGCCUGCAAGAUGUCUGUAGGCAUAUAAGGUUGAGAAAGGCUGUUGUACGUAGUCCAACACUUGGGUCAGGAUGAUGUGCUCCUCGGAGUUACCCUCCAUCCUCAGACUCCCCCGUUAUGGGCUAGAACAGGGGUCAGCAAACUUUUUCAGCAGGGGGCUAGUCCACUAUUCCUCAGACCUUGUGGUGGGCCAGUCUAUAUUUUGGGAAAAAAUAAAAUGAACGAAUUCCUAUGCCCCACAAAUAACCCAGAGAUGCAUUUUAAAUAAAAGGACACAUUCUACUCAUGUAAAAACAUACUGAUUCCCGGACCGUCCAUGGGCCGGAUUUAGAAGGUGAUUGGGCCAGAUCCAGCCCCCAGGCCUUAGUUUACCUACCCGUGGGCUAGAAUCUCUCUAGGGAAUUCAAUAGCUCACCUUCCUUAUAGGUUCUGUGUUUAGGCGUACAGUGUGUCCAUCAGUACUAGUACAGGAAUCUGAAUGGAAAUCACGGCAGUUAGCAAAUUUCUAUAAAUCCGUUUUGUUAUAUGGGAGGGAAUUGGCAGCACAGAUGGCAAUUGCGCACCUGUGCAGAUGUUUCCUAUCGCGUCGCAAUCAACACAAGAUUGCUGGAGGGCCUGCGGGCUCUGAGGGACUUCCUUCCACCUUUGGUGGGAAUGCCAUCAGGUUUCAUUAUUCCGGUCCCGAGUAUAUUAAGAAAUAUCCAAAACAAUUAAAUCACCUGCUCAGGCUUCCCCACAACUGACAUUCGUCAAUAUGUGGACAGACAGCUUGUCACUCCGAAGAGCUCUUGAUUUGGAUUUUCGCUGUCGCUGGGAUUUCAACAGCCCAACAAUGAGAAACCUUGAAAAAAAAAUCUGCAUUUGGCUGUGUGGUAUUACCGUAUAACUUACGGCCUUUGCCUACCAUGGGAAAAAUUGCACAAAAACCGCACGUCUCCAGGGGGAUGGAAGGUCCAGAAUGCUUUUAAGUCAUUCAGUAGGAUUUUAUUUCCUAUGAUUUAGGGCUGGACGAUAUCUGGUUUUCAACAUUGUGAUAUAUCAUCAGCUAAACGUUGUGCUAUACCAGGCAUAGGCAAACUCAGCCCUCCAGAUGUUUUGGAACUACAACUCCCAUCAUCCCUGACCACUGGUCCUGUUAGCUAGGGAUGGUGGGAGUUGUCCCAAAACAUCUGGAGGGCCGAGUUUGCCUAUGCCUGUGCUAUACUAAUAUAUCACAAUGUCUGAAAUAAGGAUGGAGUUAUGUAGAGGCAUUGUCUGGCUUCAUGGUUUUUACAACAAGGCGAUUUUUGCAUAACACACACACACACACACACACACACACACACACACACACAUCAUGAUUCGCAAUAUACUGCCAGGUUAAAAAUUAUGAAACCAAUAUUGAAACCAUUUUUGGACGAUGUAUUGAUGUAUCACCCAGCUCUACGAUAGACUUAGAUGCUCAACAUUCACCAACCACUGCAGCUCGUAACAUCUUGCUUUAUUUUGGCACGUCAUCAUUUCUUUCCCUUAUUAUUGAUUCUUUGUCUGCCCUGUUUAUGUUGUGAUGUAACACCCUGCUACUGCACUUUCGGGGUUGCAAAUAGUGUUCACAAAAAUCUUUUUUUAAAAAAUGAAUUAAAUAAGUUCUUCUGACAGGAAUGAGAAGGAGGAAGGCCUCUGAGACAACCCAUAAUCCUUUGGGUCCUGGACUUCUUUCAACAUGUGUUCUUUUACUCUUUGCAUAAAGAGACAGAGAGUUCUUCUGGAGGGUUGCUGGAGGGGAAUAAUGUAUCUCCAUAUUGGUAGCUUUGCCAUCACUUCAGCGCUUGACCUCCCGCCAUUUUUAACAGGUAUCUGAUCAACUCGGUGAAGAUCGGGCGGGGCUACUUCCAUAUGCUUCGCAGAGAAACUCUGGAGAGGCAGGAAGCAACCAGGCUGGAAGAGUGGAAGGAGCAGGAAAGGCAGAGGACUGACUGUCAGCCGCCGAAAUACCCAUCAUCCUCAUCCUCCGAUGAAGACUCAGGGGAUGAAGAACUGACUGAGUAGGUGUUCUUCGAGGCUCUUAAUCUAUUAACAGCCGUUUCCUUUUUCCAAAUGUGACCUCUAAGUGGCGCCAUCGGGUCCUUGAGGUUCGAUUGAGAGCUGAGCUGACGGCGUCUCAGAAGAUCAUCCACACACACCUUUUUGCGAGGUUGACUAGCUCAGAGUUGGCCAAUGCGAUGCCCUCCAGACAUUUUAGACAGUGUGAGAAACGGCCGUGUAACCUAGGGCUGCCAUAUUUCAAAAAGUAAAAACCAGGGCUUGUCGAUUAACUUAGGUCUAAGAUCCAGGAUGUAUGGCAGCCCUACAUACACCAAGUGGGACGCAGGGGGGCGCUGUGGUCUAAACCACUGAGCCUCUUGGGCUUGCCAAUCAGAAGGUCGGUAGUUUGGAUCCCCAUGACGGGGUGAGCUGCUGUCGCUCUGUCCCAGCUCCUGCCAACCUAGCAGUUCAAAAGCACGCCAGUGCAAGUAGAUAAAUAGGUACCACUGUGGCGGGAAGGUAAACGCCAUUUUUGUGCACUCUGGCUUCCGUCACGGUGUCCCAAUGUGCCAGAAGCGGUUUAAUCAUGCCAGCCACGACCCAGAAAGCUGUCUGUGGACAAAUGCCGGCUCCCUUGGCCUGAAGUGAGAUGAGCGCUGCAACCCCGUAGUCGCCUUUGACUGGACUAAACCAUCCAGGGGUCCUUUACCUUUACCAUAUACCAAGUGAGAUUCUUGGCUCAGUGCCAUCUACACUGCCUGGCAGCUGCUCUCCAGGAGCUCAGUCCUACUUGGAGAUUCCAGGGAUCGAGUCACAGACUUUCUGCCUGCAAAACACAUGCUUUACCCCUGACCAAUCAUAGGAGGCUUCCUUAUACCGAAUCAGACCAUUGGCUGACCCAGCUCAGCAUUUUCUACACAGGCCAGCAGCAGCUCUGCCAGAGUUCCUCGCAGCCCUACCCAGAGAUCAAACCUUUUGGCAAGCAAAGCGUGUGCACUGCCCCUGAACGUCUCUCUUGCACAUGGGUUUAGGGUAUACACACAAUGGCACUCAUAGACCGGACAUUAGAAUGGGGGAAUGAGUGGAGGCUCCGCAUGGCACAAUUUGAAUCAGUAUUAGAAGGAAUUAUGAUAAUAUCUCUAUGCCUGAAGCAUAUGAGACACAUUUCACAAUAUAAAUCACCUUUUUUAAAAGACGAUUCCCCAGCCUUGCAUUAAAGGAACAUCUUUAGCUGUUAAGCAUGCAGGAGAUCAAAGAGGAGGGUGAUUUUGCUAUUAUGACAUUUUCCUUGUACAGGACUCUGCAGUUGUAAAUGUCUAUGGGGGUGCUAAUUUUGCAGGUCAGGGUGCUCUUCAGAAAGGACGAGGAGUGCCAGGAGUGGGUGUAAAUCAGAUCAAUAAGCAGUUCCUGUCUAGAACAGAUUGUGCUUUUGUUUUCUGACAGCUGUGUCUCUUUGUCUCUCUCUCCCCCACCCCCCCACCCCCAAGUUUCUUUCUAACAGAAUGUCCCUUUCUGAGAGAGACUGAGAAAAAGAAGAAGAAGAAAAUUGUCCGACCUUUCACCCCCGUCUACAACGGCCUGCUGUCGGAAAAGCAUCCGGAUGCCCAUUUGUACGUUUGAAGGCGUUAAUAACGUCAAGAAUACUCUCUGACUCUCUGCUUGCCAUUUCUUUUCAGAGACCACUUGCAGUUUGCUUGUUGGUCUGGGGAAGGCUAACUGUACAUGCUCAGAGGGGACUUUGGCUCCUUUGUUCACUUGGGGAAAGGGGGAUGAUAACCAUGUAUGGAAUAUGAAGAUGCUAAACAGGUGGUUAAAGGAAGAGUGUUUGUUUCCUUUGAACAGUACCUGCAAGAGAGUUUAGCAUUUAUUCUGUGUCCAGGGCAACUGUCUACCAGCUCCAUCUGGUAUGCUGCCUGAGACCCUCCCUACCUGCAAACUGUCUUGCCAGAAUGGUGCAUGCUCUGGUUAUCUCUCGCUUGAACUACUGCAAUGCGCUCUAUGUGGGGCUACCUUUGAAGGUGAAACUACAACUAAUCCAGAAUGCGGCAGCUAGACUGAUGACUGGGAGUGGCUGCCGGGACCAUAUAACACCGGUCCUGAAAGAGCAACAUUGGCUCCCAGUACGUUUCUGAGCUCAAUUCAAAGUGUUGGUGCUGACCUUUAGAGCCCUAAAUGGCCCAGUAUACCUGAAGGAGCGUCUCCGCCCACAUCAUUCAGCCCAGACACUGAGAUCCAGCUCUGAGGACCUUCUGGCGGUUCCCUCACUGCAGGAAGUGUAACUACAGGGAACCAGGCAGAGGGUCUUCUCGGUAGUGGCACCCGCCCUGUGGAACACCCAUCAAAAUGCCAAAGAGAUAAACAAUUAUACGACUUUCUGUAGACCUCUGAAAGCAGCCCUGUAUGGGAAGUUUUUUAAGUUUUAUGUUUUGCUGUGGGGUUUUUCAUAUUCUGUUGGAAGCUGCCCAGAGUGGCUGGGGAAACCCAGUCAGAUGAGUGCUGUUUAAGUAAUUUAUUAUUAUUGUGGUUAUUUUUAUACCUAGUUAAACUGUUGUUUUUGAGGACCACAAGCCCAAAGCCCAGUUGCGUAGUUUUCUGCUUUGUGGCCCAUUUCCCCCUCUCCAAACUCACUGCCCCUGAGCCCACCUCCUCUGCCAAUCAGCCCCACCAUCUGCCAGUCAACUCACCAUCUGCCUUUCUCCCUCUUUCUCUUUGACAGCGACUCCAUCUUCCGGCAGCUGUGCGCCCUCAACUGGCUCUUGGAAGCUUUGACUCUGGAUCCCAACAGCAGCAUGAAACCUGUGAUGACAUGCUGGAAUCCCAGGUGGGUCUUGGUGCAGUUAGGCCAGGUCAUGGUGUUUGGGGGGUGGGCUGGUCCCCCCCCCCCGAGAUACCUUGAAAAUGGGCAGGCGGCUCUGAAAAUGGGGUAGAGCAACUCCUCCGUUGGUUGGGGUUGAGUGCGGCUUCACUGCUGUGAGUAAACUAUGCAAAAAAUCACCCCAUGAGCUUGUGUUGAAGAAUUUAGCCAUGGAUUUAGAAGGCUAAAGGUAAAGGGACCCCUGACCAUUAGGUCCAGUCGUGGCCGACUCUGGGGUUGCGGCGCUCAUCUCGCUUUAUUGGCCGAGUACAGCUUCCGGGUCAUGUGGCCAGCAUGACUAAGCCGCUUCCGGCGAACCAGAGCAGCGCACAGAAACGCCGUUUACCUUCCCGCCAGAGCGGUACCUAUUUAUCUACUUGCACUUUGACGUGCUUUCGAACUGCUAGGUUGGCAGAAGCAGGGACCGAGCAACAGGAGCUCACCCCGUCGUGGGGAUUCGAACCGCCAGCCUUCUGAUCGGCAAGCCCUAGGCUCUGUGGUUUAACCCACAGCGCCACCUGCGUCCCAUUUAGAAGGCUACACGGCUGUAAAUUCCAUAUUCUAUACCUUCAAGAGAGGACAGGUCACUAGCCGUAAGAAAAGCACUCUGCACGUGUUUAGAGCCAGAAGCUGGGUACUUUCCACGACUGGGUCCUGCCACUGGAUGUGGAAUCUGUGGCUAGGCCCAAGAGUCAGUUGUGUCUCAGCGGUGCCAGAAGGGGCAUGGAAUAAAAGCCAGGGUGUAACCACUGAAAGCUCGCCCCCUUCAUUUUCCCCCCUUAGGCACUACGGCGGUGCAAAAAGUUCCUUGAAAGUCAUCGCGAAAGAAAAGACGGUGAAGGCUCGAUGGGAGCACUUUCUCUUGCAAACAAAGGUAACUUGCUUUAUGCCAGUUUCCAAAUACAGUCGUACCUUGGAUCUCGAACGCCUUGUGACUCAAACGUUUUAGCUCCCAAACGCCGCAAACCCUGAAGUGAGUGUUCCGGUUUGUGAAGGUUCUUUGGAAGCCAAAUGUCUGGCACGGCUUCCGAUUGAGUGCAGGAAGCUCCUGCAGCCAAUCGGAAGCUGCGCCUUGGUUGUCAAACGUUUUCAGAAGUCGAACGGACUCAUGGAACGGAUUCUGUUUGACAACCAAGGCACGACUGUGGUUGUUUAGUGUUUGUUUAGAGCCUCAAAAAAAUAAAAUAAAGCAAAUCACCAUUCCUGACACCCUCCCUGGGUUCUGGGGUUUUCCGCCAGCCCUUCAGAACAGUUUCCGUGGCAUGUGUGGUUGGAGGAGGAGUGUAAAUUCUUUCUCUGGUGGGGUGGUUACUUAGUGCUCUACUGGGUAGCUGUCACUGUCUCCAUACUGCAGAUGGGAUAACUGAGGCUUGCCUUAUGGCUCUGCAGUGAGUGUUGGAUGCCACCACACACAGACUCAGCACCUCCACCCCACCAGCCCCUCAUACUUGUUUUUAUACCAUCCAUCCUUGGUGGCCUCUGAACCCCCCUUCCAACAACUAGCUAUUAUUGUUGCUGUUGUUGUUGUUAUUUAUUAAAUUUGUAUACCAAUCUAUACCCACAGGGCUCACAGCAUAAAAUCACAAUAUGGAAACACAAAAUACAUAAUAAAAACAACAACAUAACAAUCCCUCCCUCCUCCCCAACACAUUUUAAAAGGGCAUUGGAUGCCAAUCAGCCCAAGGCCUAGUUAAAGAGGAACAUUUUUGCCUGGCGCCUAAAGGUGUAUAAUGAAGGCUCCAGGUGAACUUCCCUGGGGGAAAGCAUCCCAUCCAUACAGCAACCAGAAACAUAGCCAAUAAUUCUCUGUAUUGAAUUCCACGAUUAUUUCUCCUUCCGGUCAAGAAGUGUGCUAGAAUCAGAUCUCAGCAGAGGAUUUGGUCUUGUUCAAAAAAGACCUCAUUCCCAAAAAAAUUGAUCUAUCGGGUAAUCCCACUGCAGGAAAAGCAACAAUCCUCUUCUCCGCCAUACUAUUGUUGGAGUUUUAUAACAUAUGGAAUUUUUUACAAGUGUCCGGUCCCAGCAGAAUAGCAUCUUCAAAGCACCUCCUUGAAUGCGUGCCAAAAUGGCAAAUCUGAACCCAUUUUCUCCCCCUUUGUUCAUCCUCAAGCCAAGUGCCUAAAUCAGUUUCCCCUGUUUUCCUAAUACUUUGUGGAAUUGUGUGUGUGUCCCCGUCAAACAGUAGGACCAUCCUGAUGAGGCACCACCUCUUAUAGGCUUUCUGUUGCAUUUCUCCAGAGCAGAAAAUACACCCAGAAAGGACAGUACCGGGGCAGGAGAAUCCCCAAGAGGUCUUCCACCAUGAGCAUCUCCUCUCCCCACAGCAAAACGACCCUGACCAGCACAAGCUCCCUGUCGCCCAUCUACGACGAAGCAGCCCAGCCCCCUUCCGACAGCGCCAAGGAAGGGGAGGAGAUGGAGUCCAUCUUCAGCAAGCAAACCAGGGAGGAAGAGGAGCCAAUGUGCUACCGUGAGUCCCGGAGAGCUCAGUGACUCCCCUCUAGGCUGUCACGGCUACCCCUCUCCAGAAUUUAUUUAUUAUAUCACCUGCCUUUUUUUUUUCCCCCAUCCCCUUCUCAGAACUGCAGACGCUGCUUCAGAUGAUACACGAAGACGUGGCAAAGAAUUUUAGCAAAGAAAAUAUGUUUUGGAACUUGACGCACGGCUGGUACGUCGCGCCUUUUGUGGAAGCGGACGGGGUCACAGUAUAAAGAGAGAGUGAAAGGCAGGAUAUAAAUUCCAAACUACUACUACUACUACUACUACUACUACUACUAUUACGCCGCUGCUGCUGCUGCUGCUGCUGCUUCUUCUUCUUCUUCUUCUUCUUCUUCUUCUUCUUCUUCCUCCUCUGCCCAGUCCCUGACACCCGAUGUCAUCCCGGAGAAACGGAUGUUGGCAAGUCAAGCUGCCAUUUCCCCAUACCCAGCCAGCAUCUCAUUCCAUUGCUUGCUCCCUGAAGCCACAAUCACACCAUGUAUUUGGAGCGCUCUGAGAACACUUUGAACAGUCGCGGCUUCCCUCAAAGAAUUCUGCAUGUUGUGUUUUGCUGAGGGUGCUGAGAGUUAUUAGCAAACUUCUGUUCCGCCUCGUGGGACUACAAGUCUCGGAGUCGUUCGACAGUUGAUCCCUCUUCCCAGGGAACUCUGGGGAUUGUAGCUCUGGGACAACAGCGGGGUGUCUUCUAGUGACCCAUAACAAACUACAGCUCCCAGGAUUCUUUGGGGGAAGCCAUGAAAGUUUAAAGUGGCAUUGUCGUUCACAUAUGAUGUGAGUGUGGCUUAAGAGUCUUCCCAUCUCCCCAAUUUCCUCCAAAGGCCCUACCCAGAGAGUCCCGAUUGGACAACUGCGGAAAAUUAUACCCGUUAAUUGGAUCGGAUGACUGUGUAUCUCAAAAGAGAGGCCAGAUUUGGGGGGGUGGGGCACUUCUCAUUGCAUUUUUGCUUCAGUCCCUGCAUUCUGGCCACAUGCAAGACUCGGUUUCUGCUCCUUAUUUUGUAGUUCGCACACCAUAUUGUCGAGACGCGAGCUGGAGAGCGAAUUUUCGUUUGGGCAGAAGGGCAAAAGGUAGGGACUGAGCACGGUGCAUAUGGCCGCGACGCAGCUGAACAUAUCGCUCAUUUUUUCAGUUUUUUACUACAAUUCGGACACGAAUAUUCUUCAUGCAGUUGCUGGAAGCCACAGAGCAUCCCGCCUGGCCACUGCAAGAACAGGAUGAGCAGCUGAGAUCUUACGUUCAAAGGAGCUCUUCAGUGUGAAUAUUAUGGGUGCCAUGGCAAUACCAGGAGUCAGUUUUGCUAAUGUAUGAUUGCUUUUAAAUGUUUUUAGAUUUUGUGUGUGUGUGUGUGUUUAAAAAUUUCCAUAUGAAAACUCACCAGUAUUUUUAAUGCAAAUUUAUCCCAAGGGAUAGCUCAGUCGGUAGAGCACAGGACGCAGGGUUGUGGGUUCAAGCACCAUAUUGGAUAAAGGAUUCCUGUAUUGCAGGGGGUUGGACAAGAUGGUCCUGGGUGUGCCUUCUAACUCUGUGAUUAUUUUUUUUAAUGCAAUUUUGCCUAAAACACACAUUCCAUCGUCUUUGCCUGCCACUCCUCUAAUGUUGGUAAAUCCGAGUGUCUUGCUUUUCAGCUCAGUUUCGUCCUCGAAGGAAGAGAAGACCAGCACAGGAGUCGCGAAAGAGGAGACCUCAGGGGAGCAGAGGCCAAAGAGGUAGGGAGGGGGAGCAGCCGUGUACAGUGGUACCUCAGGUUACAUACGCUUCAGGUUACAGACUCCGCUAACCCAGAAAUAGUGCUUCAGGUUAAGAACUUUGCUUCAGGAUGAGAACAGAAAUCGUUCUCCGGCGGCACAGCAGCAGACCCCAUUAGCUAAAGAGGUGCUUCAGGUUAAGAACAGUUUCAGGUUAAGUACGGACCUCCGGAACGAAUUAAGUACUUAACCCGAGGUACCACUGUAGUGGCAAGUUCAGAAGGCCAGGGUGCCUUCAGCAUCAUCCUAGGAUUAUGGAACAAUCUCAUAAUGGCCUAAUAAUACUAAUUAGGGAUGCUUUGCUACAAUCAGUGCAGCUAGCUCUCCAUGUGCUGCCUUUCAGAUAGCUCUAUUUUCUGUGCACAUACCGGGACAAAUGACUUGAAAUGCUCCAAUAUAUUCUUUCAGAGCGACUUAAAUCGUGUUUUCUGUGACGUUCCAUUGUACGUAACAGAACUUGCAGGCCGUUCUCUUGAAACUGAAGCGUUGGUGGGAUUUGAACUCUGGAAUUGCACUCGUUGCAAAACAGCAGCACGGGUUCUCAGCUACUUGAGAGCCCUAACUCUGUAUGUCUGGAAGAGACAGGCACCAAGAGCAAUCGUGUAUGAGAGAAGUACUCCGGGAUUCUUUGCCUGAGUAAUCGAGGCUGGAUUCCUCAAGCUAACAAUCCUGGGUCUGCAAACUUUUGUAUCCUCGUCCUUGCACAGAAGAAGCCCCCUGAUUUCAGACCUGCCCCCCUCCCUUGAUUGUUAGCUGUGUGUGUCCAUUUCCCUUUGAAUUUCCUUGCAGUUCAAUGACAGUGACUGUCCGGGAAGAUAAAACGAUGACAGCGACCUACUCGGACGAAGACACCACUGAGCAGAUCAACAAACCUCAAAGGUAGGUGUGCGGAGAUAGGCUUCUUUCCUGAGGGUCAAUAAGAGGGAGUCUAUUCUGGCUGUGCAGAAGCUCCUCCCACAAACUCUGACAUCACCCAGAAGGAGGAGUUUGCACACACCCAGGGAAGUCUCAGUGGCAGAAAGUAAGGUGAUGAAAUGCAGCUGCUCAUUUGGGGCUCCAAGAUCACAGGCCUUUCCUCUGCUAUCUGGCUGAUAGAGAGGGGAUGAUUUGUUUCUAUAUUAUAUAUAUCUGGUAAUUUAUAUACUGCUUAUCUGUAAACAGAACACUCAGGAGUUUACAACGUAAGUGAGAAAUAUCUUAAAAUAAACAGCUAGUACGAUUAAGCGCCGGAGCUUUUCUACAUUCUGUGAAACACAGGUACCUACCAAACUGAGCAUCAUCUUUAGCAUCAAAACGAACAUCAUACGUAAAUUCCAAAAGAAGAUUCAUAGCGUGAUGAGUGUUUUGUGGAAGAAUGGAUGCAUUUUUCGGACUAUUUAAAGAAUAGUAUGAUGAUCUCGUGAGCAGGACUUGAGCUAUGAGCAAGAGAAGUAACUAGAUUAUAAUAUUAUGGUUAUGAUUUGAUAGACGAUAGAGUGCAACAGACGAGGAAAAGCAACAACUCCAUGGAUAACUGAGUGGGAAGUUGACAAAAAUAAGAAAAAAGACGAACUUGUGUUUUGACUGCCUGUGUUAGAAAUGUUGAAACUUAAUAAAAUAUAAUUGAAAAAGAGAGAGAAAAUUCAUAGUAAACAAGCUAAGCGAAAUAGCAUCAGGAGGUGAGAAUCAGACCAUUUUGCACUUUGCACAGCAGGAUGGGGUACUGCCAUAUGUCUGGAUUUUCCAGGACAUUUAAACAGCCUGGACACUGUCUACGUGGGCCAAACUACAGACUACGCUGUGUCCGGAUGUAAAACCUCUCGAUAUACUUGUCUCUAGAGCAGGGGGUUUAGUGGGCUGUUCAGCUGAGUUAGCAUAAGAGAGAAACAUAGGACAGGGGACUUUUUUGUCCCAGGAGCUGAAUCAGAGGCCAUCUGGUGAAGCUGAACAGUGGGAGAUUCAGGGCAGACGAAAGAAAGGGCUUCUUCCCAUGGAGUAUAUAGUAUGGAACUUGCUCUCCCACAAGGUGUGGCGAUGCUUUUAAGAGAGGAUGAGACCAAUUCAUGGAGGCUAUCUGUGGCUACUAAGUAUAUUCUUCCAGUUCCAUUGUCCCAGGUGUGCCUUUGAAUACCCAUUGCUGUGAAUCUCAGGCAAGGAGAGGGUUUUCCAACCCAAGCCCUUUUGUUUGCCCCAGAGAGGUCCGUUUCCCAAACUGGCCAGCUUGGGCAGAUAAACUGGGCCUACCCUUCUUCCACCUCUCUAGAGACCUGGAGCCUGUGGGUUAAUACCUCUGCCUCUCUCUCCUCCAGCCUCUUCCUUAAAAGGAAAGAGCAGACUUUCCAGAACAUGAAGGAUAUCUUCCACGAGGUGGCCCACGAGUCUGCAUUCAGGCUGCACGAUCAACUGGACAUCCUAGAGAGGUAAAUCAUAUUUCGUCUUCCAUCUUGGUUAUGAGCCCAAGCCCAGAACUGGGGCAGGACAUUGUCCGGUUUUCGACAUUGUGAUAUAUCACCACCUAAACAUUAUGAUGCACCAAUAUAUCACAAUGUCUAAAAUAACAGUGUAACUAUGUAGAUGCAAACAGGGUAAUGUCCUGGCAACUGCUACUACUUAGGGAAACUGUCCCCCCGCAUCCCCCCUAAAAAACCCUCCCGUUUUUACUCUGCGGCUCCCAGCUUCAGCCCUGCCUGUCCUGCGUCCCUACGGCCCUGUCCCCAGAACAGGGCAGAUUUGAACUUGCAGCUGGGUGGGCACUGGCAAUCACACCUUGCUCAAAGGGUUCACUUUAAAAAACAACAACACGUGAGCUAAAUUGGCAGGAGGCGAGAAGAGAAGAGCACGAGGAAGUACCUGUGCCUGAGUCGCAUCACCAAGUUCCGAAAAGAUCUCGAGCGGAUGAGGCAGUCGAUGGUGGGGACGGAGCCGGAACAAGACGCCGAAUCCGAGAACUGGUGAGGAAAUGGGUAAAGGGGCUUCUGUAUCCAGGGCACCUGGUAUGCAGGCUGAGAGCCUACCUGCCCACAGACCGUCUCGCCAGAGUGAUGCAUGCUCUAGUUAUCUCCUGCUUGGACUACUGCAAUGCGCUCUACGUGGGGCUACCUUUGAAGGUGACCUGGAAACUACAACUAAUCCAGAAUGCGGCAUCUAGACUGGUGACUGGGGGCAGCCGCCAAGACCACAUAACACCGGUCUUGAAAGACCUACAUUGGCUCCCAGUACGUUUCCGAGCACAAUUCAAAGUGUUGGUGCUGACCUUUAAAGCCCUAAACGGCCUCAGCCCAGUAUACCUGAAGGGGCAUCUCCACCCCCAUCGUUCUGCCCGGACGCUGAGGUCCAGCGCCGAGGGCCUUCUGGCGGUUCCCUCACUGCGAGAAGCAAAGCUACAGGGAACCAGGCAGAGGGCCUUCUCGGUAGUGGCACCCGCCCUGUGGAACGCCCUCCCAUCAAAGAGAUAAAUAACUGACAUUCAGAAGACAUCUGAAGGCAGCCCUGUUCAGGGAAGCUUUUAAUGUGUGACAUUUUAGUGUAUUUUUGGUCUGUGUUGGAAGCCGCCCAGAGUGGCUGGGGAAACCCAGCCAGGUGUGCGGGGUACAAAUAAUAAAUUAUUAUUAUUAUUAUUAUUAUUAUUAUUAUUAUCAUUAUCAUUAAAAGCCAGAGUGCUUUGCCGCGGGGAGAGUGCAAAACAGGGUACUGGCACCAGGAGCCAGCUUCCUAAGAACCUCGGCACUUGCAUUUUAAAAACAAAACCCAAAGUUUCUAGCUUGUCAGGAGGCAGUUGAAAGCACAGAGGCAUUUACAGGUGACCUCCGGGAGGCCAGGAAUCUUGGCAGUCACAGGAAGUCGCUUCUCAGUGAGCAGCAGGCAUGUAAAAAUGUUUUUCCAGCAGGAUAAAAACAUGCAAAAAAGGUGGUCAAGGGGAGGUGUUUUAAAACCAGGAAGUUGGCAGAGUUCUGCCCUACCAUCUCAGUUUCCAGUAGGGAGGUGGAUAUGGCUGGACAGGUUUUGCCGUUCUCCAUUUUAGGAUUUUGCAGCCUUAAGACACUGCCUUGCGGACCUGUCAUGGGCAUUUGGUGGGUGGGAGAGAAACUGUUUUGACAUGCAGUUGCUCUCCAUCACAUCGUGGAGGAAAUGCCAUCUUGGAAGACCCUAACACAAUGUUUUCCAAACUUGGGUCUCCAGCAGUUUCUGGACUACAACUCCCAUCAUCCCUAGCUAGCAACCCCAGUGGUCAGGGAUUGUGGGAAUUAUAGUCCGAAAUCAGCUGCAGACCCAGGUUUGGGAAACACUGGCCUAACAAGCUCACCACAAGCCGUCCAGGACACUUGCGCUGAAACACCUGUUUUCGUAUCUGUUCCAAGGUUCUCCACUUUGCUGGCCAGGAUCCCAGAUGACGUCAAGAGAGACCACCGUACCCAGAAAGUCCUAAAGAAACUGGAGAGGUUUGCGAGGAAUCCGGACUUGCGCAUCCGGCCGCCCACCUUCCUGAAAGUGUUGGGGGAGCUUCGGAUCUGGGAAAUCUGCUCUCCGGACAUCUGCGCGGCUGUGGAGGUGAGAGAUGCGAAAGGAGAGUCUGUCUGAAAGGGCCGAGAGAGCCCAAGGCAGAUUUGCUCAUCCCUGGGCUUCUCCAUGACAAGAGAGAGAAAACAAAUUCAGUUCAUUAGGCUCUAGCUCAAGGAUCCUGGUAAGAAAUCUUUGGCCUUCUGGGAGGGAUGCUGUGCUCUGCAGGCCUCUGCUUCUAUCCAGAAUGAUUUAGAUUACCUUUUUAAAUGUGCUCAGAGAGCUCCACGUUUGUUUUAUUGGAGCAAUCGGUACAAAGCCUCUGCAAGAUCAGUCAGCGUUAUUAUUGCCAUCUUGCAAAGGAGGGAGCUGAGAGAGAGAGAGGCGUUUCUUCCUCUCCUCUUUCUAUAUAAAUCCUGGAAGCUCAAGGAGGGUAGCACAGUGGAAUUGAUCUAGGGUAAUGUUAGCAUGGACAAUUUCACAUAGUGCACCAUUGAACUCCCGGGAUGAAAAAUAUACCCCCAAAGGCCCAUCAAGUCCAGCAUCUUUCCUGCGCUCAUUGUGGCCAAGCAGAUACCCUUUCUCAACCCUGGGUCCCCAGAUGUUGUUGGACUACAACUCCCCCCUUCCUCUGGGCUCUGUCUCCUGUCCUAGGUAAUUGAGGACGCGGCGGGCUUGGAGCUGCUUCAGUACCACCUCGAGAGGAGAACACCUGAGUUUGCUAAAGAACCACCCGAGGCAAAAGGGGGCAGGGGGAGUCUUGGAGAGCAGAGGAAUACUAUUUCCCGUUUGUCUCGAGUGCCUCCGGGUGCGUGAGAACAGAGAACAUCCAACAAAAGAUAUCCAAUACAGUUCCUUUCACAUAAGUGCCGUGGUCCUGCAGGCUGGUUUUUAGAAGCUAUCCCUCUCCUUGGGUACAAGCAAUUCUGGCAGGUGGAGAGGAGGGGGAUGACCUUGUGUGGAAAAAGAGCCCGAGGGUCCUCGUGCUUUUUUCCUGCUUAUACACACAGCCUAUUGAAUCUGCUUUUAGGUUUAAAGGAAAAAGGAAAUUUGGGGGAAGAUGAUACACACAUCCCCUACAUUCGCCCUCAAUGGUAUACUUAACUCACUUUGUGCUGGAUUUACUUGUUUAGACUGACAAGAUAUUGAAGGGAGAUAAAUCUGCAACUAGGAGAGUUUCCUGACCAGUCCUGAACAAAUGACUAGACGAGUGUGAUUUGGAUCUCCAGGGAACAACUGCAGUAGCCAUCUAGGGUCCAUCUAGCUCAGUAAUGUCCACACUGAUUGGCAGCGGCUCUCCAGAGUUUCAGGCAGGGCCCUACUUGGGAGACAGCAGGAUUUGAACUUGGGGUCUUCUGCAGUUGCCCUACCACUGAGCUACAACUCUCCCCUACUGCUGAACUAGCAGGGGUGCAGCUAGAGGGCUAUAGCAGCAGAGGCGGGGGAACCUCGACCUUCCCCAGAGUCCAGCCUUGUAGCUCGUAAGCCAGAUCUCCCACCAGGGUGACAUUGCAGCAGGAAUGAUGUACCACUACCCAACUCACCUUCCACUUACUGGUCCCCCAACCACAGCUUUGUUUCCAGCAAUCCAAACAAUACCAGUGCCAGUUUCCACCAAUUGCUGCCCGUUCGGCUUCCAGUAACCUGGUUAGGAGGACCCGUUCCUUUAAGAUAUCCACCCAGUAGAUGGUGGAGAAACUAGUGUGGAGCCUAAUCGCUCCUAAUUGGACUGUUUUUAAAAAGGAUGCGAGUUCCAGGUCUUGUCCAAAACCUCUUCAUCACUUUUGCGCAAAACCUCACUCUUACUAUUUCAGGAAAUGAAAUGGGCAUUUGCCCGUUGCCCCAUGAAAAACGCAGACACUUCCAUUUUGCCUGGUGUGAAGCACAGUGGCCAAGGCUUUUGUGCUCUUUUUGCACAUUUGCCUUGGUGCUCUUCCUCGAGAUUUUUGUUCCAGCCAUGCAAGAAGCACUCAAGGAAGGUGCAAAGCAGGACAGGUGAGAGCUGUUACUAGGGCCAGAUAGAGAACCCUAGAGAGCCCCAUUUGGCCCCAGGGCUUAAGGUUCUUCACCCCUGCUCGGUGGCCUGUAUGUUUCUCCUUUACAACCUGUCACACAUUCCCUCUUGCCUCUUUCAUAGUUCCUGCGUGAAUAUAUUGUGGAGAUGCCCAUGGAUGAUUACAAACAAUGGUUACAGUCUCGAGUGACAAUCCCUAAGCGAGCACACAGCGCUCCGCCGAUAUGCUGAAAGCCCCCCUCCCCGCAAGGGCCGGGUCAAAAAGACUAAGGACAAAGGCUUCAUUUUUUGUAAAAAAAGGAAUCAGACACGGGCUGAGAAAGAGCUGGAUGAAGCCGACACCUGGAGUGUCUACUUGGAGAACUGUACUCUUGCUCAUACGCCUGGAAUGAUGCGUGGCUAGGGCCCAAGGGCCACACUCUAGAACCCUCUCAAAAGGCUGGAAUUGCUCAUUCUCAAAAAGGUUCAUUUGGAAUUGCAUCACCUUCGCUUGCAGCUGCAGGCUCAAAAUGACAAGGAAGAGAAUUGAACAGCCAAAGCCAUUUUAACUUUUAGAUGUUUAAUUUAAUUUGGGACAGGAGGCAUGGAAUUACGUGCCUGCGGCAACCUGCAGGUCAGUGAAGGGAGCGGAUCCCUUUGCUUGUGGUGAUCAGCUCUCUGCUGAAAGGGAGCAGAUCCCUUUGCUUGUGGUGAUCAGCCCUCUCUGCUGACAGGGAGCAGAUCCCUUUGCUUGUGGUGAUCAGCUCUCUCUGCUGAAAGGGAGCGGAUCCCUUUGCUUGUGGUGAUCAGCUCUCUCUGCUGAAAGGGGCAGUUCUGAGGCUUCAGACCAAUGCCAGCAUUUGCAAAUGUUUUGUUAUUUGUGUAUGCUUUGAAUUAUUAAAAAAAUUGUUUUAGCGGUGUGCAUUCCCAGCGGCUUCUCAUCCUGUUAGUAGAGCAUUAGACUCUUAAGCUCAGGAUUGUGUGUUUGAGCCACAUAUUGCGCUAGACUCCUGCAUUGCAGGGGGUUGGACUAGAUGACCCUCGUGGUUCCUUUGAACUCUACAAUUCUAUGAUAUACUGAGCUUCCACUUAGGGAUCCAGUAUCUGCAGACGGGAUUUACUCACUCAUCAGAUAACACACCCUGUCUCCUACUGCCAUCUUCU